GAUAGGUUCUGUGCGUAAACGGAUGCCAUUCAUUUCCAGAGGCUGAGAGACUGGGGACAGGCUGCUGCUGCUCCUCGUUGUCUGGCCUGGCCUCGACCCCAGCCUAGCGAAUGGGUUGUACCACCCCACAAAGGGCAUUAAAUACUGGGCAAAAGGCAGGUAAACGCUGCUGAGUCGGACCUCAACUCCGACACUCGCCAUAUGAAACCAAAACUUCCGCAGAGCCUCGUUAUAGGUUGGUACCGGCCAUAGCAUCCGGUGGACACUUCCGAGUGGUAGGGAUACCUGCGCCGCGGAGAAUUUUGGGUAAUGGAGUUUCCAAAGGCAGCUGGUGGGCGGCGCUGUGCAAAUGCCAGGUGUUUUGUGGUGCCUGCGCGUUCUUACACUUGCGCCGAUUUUACGGCUUGGAGGAGAUUUAUGACGCUGCGAUGCAUGAGGACACCAAACAGGGUUACAAACAUUUACAAGUAUGUGCACAAACGCGUUUAGGCUUGUUUGAGGAUUAGGGAUUUGUCUUUACCUGGACUGGAAAUGUUCGCAGUGCACCUUGGAUGAAUGAGAAACUGAACUAUUAGAGCUCGUUUACAGUAGAAAGCUCUGAGCAUUCAAUCUUUGGACUUCCUUUUUUUGGAUGGAAAAAAAAAAUAUGCCAGCAAAUGAGCCCGUAUUAUUCCCACUUCAAAUCACAAGAAGCAAAACAGUAUUUAACAAUGCACUCCUAUUUUCCUGGUAGUAAGUCCCAUUGAAUAUAGGAAUUUACUCCUUUGACUGAUUAAUAUUCUAUGGCCUUUUAAAUGUGUUUGUGGGAGGGGGGUUAUGGGUUUUUAUUUUAUGAAUUUUGUGUUUUCAUUUUAUACUGUGGACAUCCACAUAAUCUUUGGAUGAAAGGCGGUCUACAAAUUUAAUAAACAAAUACAAAUUAAAAAAUAGAAAACAUGAAGUGAAUUGCACUUGAUAAUCACACAAAAAGGAGCUUAUGCUACAUUGCUGCAAGUUGGGUGUAGACACCCUUUGGUCCUCCAGAUGUUACUGAAGGGCAACUCCCAUCAGCUCCAACACGUCUCCAACACACCAAUGGCCAGGGAUGAUGGGAGUUGUAGUUCAUCAACAUCUGAAAGACCAAAGGCUUCCCACACCUGCUCAGCCUACCUUAGCUUGAGGACUUUUGCAUGAACAGGUAGCACAUUUGAGAUCAUUGACAACCCGUUUUUUAAUAUCUCAGCUGCUUUUGCAGCUAGCAGCGAUCAUACUGCAUACAUUAAGAGCAUCUGCUGCAUUAUAGACUUUUCAGUUAGCCCAACUAAACAUGUGACUAUUAUGAAAGUAUUUCAAUUAAUGCUUAGAAUAGAUAUAUAUGAACCACACUAGGCAGCCAGAUGCCUCAAGGGAAACUCACAAGCAGGGGUACAAGGGCACACAGUUCGUUUCAUUAGCCUGCUGCGAGUUUUAAUAUUAUGUGUUCUCUUAUGCAUGUCUACUCGGAAGCAAAUCCUAUUUAGUGAGACUUUCACACAAGGCAAGUAUGUACAGGAUUGCAGCCCCGUCUAGAGCAAGGGAGCAAAAGCCAGUGUGGUGUAGUAGUUAAGAGCUUGUAGACUUGUAAUCUGGGGAACCAGGUUCGCGUCUCCGCUCCUUCACAUGCAGCAGCUGGGUGACCUUGGGCUAGUCACACUUCUCUGAAGUCUCUCAGCCCCACUCACCUCACAGAGUGUUUGUUGUGGGGGAGGAAGGGAAAGGAGAUUGUUAGCCGCUUUGAGACUCCUUCGGGUAGUUAUAAAGCAGGAUAUCAAAUCCAAACUCUUUUUCGUCGUCUUCAUCUUCUUCUCAGUCCACAAGCUCAUACUAGUUUUUAAAAGCCUCUACCACUUCCCCUUGCACACUGCAACCCUGCACCCGCUUACCUGAAAUCAAUAGGACAUACCUCCGAGUAGACAUGUACAGCGUUCGCUGUUAGACAUCCCUUUCCCUAAACUAAACAAAAAAACACGCCUCCGAAUGCUUUUGCCUCCCCGCAACCCGCACCGCCGCCUUACACAACUGUAUACCCAGCAUAUGUCUACACAGAGAGGCUUGCGCUUCAAAAGCGACGGCCGAAGCGGCGCCGAAAGAACCCUCGCGCGACCCAUCCCUACGCCGCGACCUUUUGGCGCGAGCCAAGUCCGGCCUCCCGGCCGAAGGGCGCAUGCGCGGUACCUCCCUGUGAGGGAGGAGAGAACAUGGCGGAAGCGGUGUGAAGGGUCUGUACGCCAAGCGGGCGCGUCUUCUCGCGGGCGGGCGGCGCUGUGCGCGGGGAAAGGAGAGGCCUGCUGAGGGGCUGCUGCUGCUGCGCGGCGACUGCUGGCUCCGGGGCCCGCGGGUGACGGCCCCAGCCUCCCCUUGGGCUUUGUCAGGUAGGGAGUGGGGAAGGUCCUGGGCCCAGACACCGGUUUCUCCCGGCGCUGCCUCGCUCUGAGGGCAGGCAGCGAAGACCGAGGGCUGCCUCGACUGGACGACCCCUGGAGUGCCCUGGCCCAGCCGAAGGGCGGGAGGGGAGCGGGAGGCUGGGCCCUGCUGGCUGGCUGGAAGCUGGUGCUCCCUUCGGUUCUACAUCCAUCUAUUUGUAUAUCUAUCCGUGUCUACGCAUUUUCCUGCGGCGUGUGUUAGUGGUUAGGGCAGAGCGGCUUCCCCCUCUGCAAAAUGGAUGAAAAACUCUUGGCAGGUGGAAAUCCAACAGGUGCGGAUUGCACCAAGCUCGGCCCCUCUUGCUCUGGGGAAAAGCUGCCGCUGUUGGAAUAGCUCAGUUGGUAGAACAUAAGGGUCUUGCGUUCGGAUUCCACUUUGGGGAAAAUAUUCUUGCAUUGCAGGAGGUGGGACUAGGUAUCGGGGUCCCUUCCAGCUCUGAUUCUGCAGGCUGUGCGUUUUUAUUUAUUUAAAUUAUUCACGUCCCACCCCCAAUCAUCCCAAGCGACAUGCGGGAGGUGCUGGUGUCGUGACGGAGCUACGAAACAGGAAGUCUCUUAAGUUGAUUCUUGCCUUUUCCAUGAACUUGCAGUAGGUGGCCUUAGGGAAGCCGCUCUUAUCUGGGCCACCCCACCUACUAUGUGGGGGGUAUAAUAAUACUGACAGCGUUUGGUGUUUUUGCAUGGGUUAGCACUUAAUUAUGCACGUGGAGUGCUUUGAACACUUGAGAGUGCUAUCCAAAUGUUAAGUUUUGUUACGUUAAACAAGAUAAAACCGUAUUUGGAAAAUAAUAAAACAAAUAUGCAUCAAAAAGUUUAAUUCACCAUUAAACAUAAUUAUUGCUGUGUACAAACAAGCAGCAGCCAAAUGCAUCCCCUCUAGAAUGAGAGGAGAGCGGCUUUUGACUUUGUUAGGGAGACCAUCCCACAGCCUUGAGACAAUUGCAGAAAAAAUGGUCCCACUCUUUGAAGGUGAUGUUUUCAUCUUGUAUACAAUAUUUCUUGCAUUCCCAUAUUUAUCAGAAGGUAUGCUACAGAACUCCUGAGCCAACUGUAGCUUCUGAGUCAGCUUCACCCCUAACCCACAUAAAACAAAAUUGUGAAACAGUGCUCUGAAAACAAGUCAGAGCCUGAUAAUACACUUCUGGCCAUUACCACCACUGUGUCCUGAUCCAAAGGUACCCCUCUGGUCGGAUGGAGAGACUACCAGCCCAUCUAUCGCAGGCAUAACACAUCCCUUUUUAGAGCAGUAAGAUUACCCAGAAGCAUCACUUCCAUCUUAUCUGGAUUCAGCAUCAGCUUGUUUAGCCUCAUUCACUCAGUUACAGCCUUUGGUUAUAGAGUCUCUGGAAAAACAAAUGCACAAAACCCAGGUUCAAAAGGCCACAGUGUAUUGCCCAUCCUUCCUCAAAGGACAGUGAACACCUUUCUGAGCUCCUUGGGAAGAAGGACAAAUUUAUAAACAACCUUGGACCAGUGUUUCCAUAUAUGCUAAUGCUUAAUGCAAGAAGAUAAUGUAUAGAUUUUUAAAGAAAUGAGCAGACUGGUAGUUGUUGGUGUGUAGAGAAUAGUAUAUAAUGUAUAUGUUUAUAACUAGUAAGAAACGGCUUUCUUGGCUUAGUAGAAUAAAAUUUGAAAUGUUAAUAAAAGUGUAGGAAUUCUGUAGUUUUCUGUUUUUCUGUAUACAGGACUUAGAUAAGCAUAAGAUACCAAAGGGGUGCAAACUGGAAAAUUGUGUUUUCUAGACAGAGUCGGAAUUUAUAAAUUGGAAAUCGGAAUUUUCAGCUAUAUUUAAUAGACUAUGUUAGCCAGCAGGUCCCAUCAAAGUGAAUGGCUCAUGCUGCUUGGUAUCCUUUUAUAAACAGUUAGGAUUGCUGCUCGUGUUAUACCUCUUACUUUUCAAGUAUAUUCUUAAAUCUGUAGCGUGGAUACAUCAGACAGGUAGUUUAGAAUACACGUAUGAUACAGGCACAUCUGUCAGCUGAGAUUAACUGGAGCUCCUGGUUGGGUGUACGUUCUGAGGUGUAUCUGAGUUACUCGCUGAGUUAUGUGUUAAAUGAUCUAUAUUCUUUUACAUGGUGUAUUGCAUAGGUGUGCCAGCACCAAAGGCGCUCUUGCACUCAUGCAGCACACAGACAUACUUGCCACACAUAUAGCACCAGCAGCAUUCCCCAUAUAUGCAAGUACACGGUACUGUCCAUUUCACGGCACACUACACACAUUCUCUUUCUCUCUCUCUCUCUCUCUCUCUCACACACACACACACACUCUCAUCCCCAUCAUAGCGCUAGACUGAAAGGAGAAAUUUAAAUGUCUCCUCUAAAUCCAGCACUACAAUGGGGUGAUUCAUCCAGCAUAUGCAAGUUAAUAACAGUAUCUGCUUUGUCAUAUUUUCCCCUCUAAGGCAAUAUGAUUUUUUAAAAGGUCAAUCCAUAUCAAAGAGUGUAUUGCAUUAACCAAAGGCCAUAACAAUUUCAUUACAGUUUGCCAAACUGCAAAUCAUAACAUACAGCAUACAACAGUUGCAUAAUGCUAUGCAUCAGUGAUUUAAAGAAAGGGAGUAAGAAUUCUUAAGUAUCAUCUGCUAGCUCAUACUAAGUUUAACUUCCAUUAGACCUCUGAAUCUCCAGUGCAAUUUAUUGCAAUAUCGUCUACCUCUCUUUUUCCAAUCUUUCUUUCAGCCAGAGCAGAAAGCACCUCUUUAUGUGUCACAGAUCUGUUAGCGUCAUACAAACAAAAGCAAACCAUUUCUGCCAUAGUAAGCCUGCUUCCAUGAAUUAGCAAAGGUUUCAGGAAUUGAUAUCUUGGAUCCCGAUAUAAAGGGCAGAUUAACAACCUUAUUGCAGUGGCUAUCCAAGGCUGCUGUGGGCAUCACUUCAUCUGAGCUCCAUAAAGGCAUUUCUUAAGACAGCAGGCAUGAAUUUGGUCAAAUAAAAUGCUCUUAAAUGCUCCAUUUUCAGAAAUUGGAACCAUGCGAGAAUCUAGAAUUCCCAAUCAAGUGCAAAUCCCUUCUGGAUUUUUAAAUAGGUUUUGAGGUAGUCUAGGCUCAGAAGAACUGGAAUAGUUCUUUAUUUGUUACUUUUUGGGUGUACAGUGCAAAUUAAUAAGGCAACUUCACUUUGUUUCUUUAAUAUUAUGACUCUAAAAUAAACUUACUCAGUAAUUACUAGUUUGAAUAGCUUACUCUGGUAACACCCUCUCUCAGUCUUCAAAUGGGUGUGAUUUCCUUCCUGAAGUAAUAGUCUUUUGAGGCAAGCCAUUUUCCUGUUCUGCAAAUGUAGAGCUGCAAGUGAGCGAUUGUAACUUGCAUUCUUGGAUGACCCACGAUUUGAACUUGCAUUUCCCAGGGCAAUGCCCAGCACACUUUCUUAUUCGAAUCACACCAGCUUCUGUGUUCCUCUCUGGUUUCCAAACACUAGGAUGUUGCUUACAUUGAGCCGUUGGUUCUUCUUUUGUUAUUCCUUACCAGGUGGAAGAAUAAUUUCACAGCUAUGGAGAAUGAACCGAGCACAACAACAUGUUCUACAUGCACAACUACUAUCACCACCACAUCCUCCCCUUCCCGUACUCAGCCACCUCAGAUAUCUGUCUAUAGUGGUGCAGAUCGACAUGCUGUGCAGGUAUUUUGUAGAUGACAAUAAUAAUAAUAAAAAUAUGGAGGAUUCAAAAGCACUGACAAGCAAUGGUGAUUUCUGUAUAUCUGGUGGGGAACUGGGUCUGGCUGGCAAUCCAGAUCUUUAUUUCUCCAACCUGUUGCAGAUUCGACAGGUGGGUGAGACCUCAGAUGAUGGUUUUGCCCCACACUUGCAGAGCCCCUUUCAAUGUGGUCCACGAGAUAGUGCUUUGAAAGGGGCUUCCAGAAGCUGACAGUCAACUAAGCCUCUUUCAAAGGGGGGGGGGGGACAGGGAGUGGAGAAGGAGGGGAAGUCCUUUUGUGGGAAAAGAAAUCUGCUUUUUCGGUAACAUCCAUAAAGUAAUCUAUGGCAGUCAUAGUGUAUUACUGGUCACCGUUGAGUUGAUAUAUGUUAAUUUUAAAUGCAUCCUGUAUAUCUGACCAGCCACAGGUUCUUGAAUGGUUUAAUGUGCUAGCAUCAGCACGUUUUCUAUUUCUGUCCCAGUGAUGAUGUAACUUUAAAAUCCACAGGUUAUUCAGCAGGCGUUGCAUCGUCCGCCAAGCUCAGCAGCGCAGUAUCUUCAGCAGAUGUAUGCAGCUCAGCAGCAGCAUCUCAUGUUACAAACAGCUGCUUUGCAACAACAGCAUUUAAGUAGCACCCAAUUCCAGAGCCUGGCCAGUGUCCCACAGGUGAGACUGAAACAGAAAAUACAGCAACCAUCUGGGAAUUAAGCUUAAAGUGCCACAAAAUGCAUUAUCAGGAUACUGCUUUCGGCUUAAUGACAGUUUUUGACAGAUUUUCUUUUUAUCCCAGGUUUUUUAAUCAUCAGCGAGAGCUUCAGUUCACAAUUUUACCUGGCAGCAUGAGGGUCAGCUAGGGAAAAGGGACAGUGUUCUCUCCUUCUAGAUCAUCACACCGCCAACCAAUACCAUGUUGUUGUGUCCAAGGGGAUAUGUUUUUAAAAAGACUUUUCAACUUUGCAAUUUUAUGUUGUAAAGAGGGUAUCUGGAGCAGAAGACCAAGCUAGUUCAGCAGCUACUUCAAAAUAAUCAAAUUAAUAUUUGCAAAAUCAUUUUAACUAUGUGACUGGUCAGUUUUUAAUUAGAGAUGUAUAUUUAAUGCGCCAGUUUUAGCCUUGUACCACAUUCUUGGUUGUGGCAUUCCCAUGAAUCAUGGGUCUCUAACCUUUCUGGGCCUUUGUGAGCAUUUGGAAGUGUUGUUGCUCCUCCCACAAAAUGGCUGCCAUGGGGCGUAGCCCUGCACAAAAUUGUAAGAGUCAUCAAAUUGUGUAAUUGGAAGAGGCCACGAGGGUCAUCUAGUCCAAACCCCUGCAGUGAAGGAAUCUUUUGCCCAACAUGGGGCUCUUGAAGUUUGAUCUAAUAACAACUAGAUCCUCUUUUGAAUUUGUGUGACUUUUAAAUAGGACCUGCCCCAUCAUCAAACUAAAGCUUUCAUUGGGGUCUCUAGACAGCACAGUGAAAAUAACAGAUCCGGCACUUGGCAGUCUCUUAAAAAGUAGACAGUUGGCUGCAGGGUUAAAGAGACUGCAGGCCACAGAGAAAACCAUUGUGGGUUUCAUGUGGGCAUUGGACUGCCUAGCAAAUGCCAUUGAGCCUAGAUGUUCAAUUUAUCAUAUUCAACAUUAUUUAAAUACUUUUUAUUGCAGUGUAAAUGACACAUUUGACAGAUGUGCUUGCUAUUUAGGCAAACCUGUCAGGUGGGAGGCAGUGUGCAUCCCCCAAUGGCAGUGUCACUCAGCAGUCAAGUAUGUCGGAGACAUCGGUAAGUAGCGAAACAAAGUGCUUUCUUUUAACCCAGCUUAUGUUACCAUGUUGGUUCUCAGAAAGUUAGGAAUGCAGCUGUGUGAUCACAUUUACAUGCAAAUAGCUGGAGGAGCAGAAGCUUCAAUUUAAAAAAUUGUCCGCAACAGAGUCUCAGUGCGUUAAUAGUUUGAAAAACAAUAACAGACACAUAAAUAUAAAUUUGCCAUUAAAGAAGCUCUAUGGUGACCCCCUGACAUUGUGUUUCGCAAGAGUAACUUAAUGUUCAUGGAUUGUACUUGUGUGGAUUUUGCCAGAUCUCUUAAAACAGGAAAUUUUUUCAGAAUACCAAUUAAAGGCUUAAUCAAUAAUAAUGUUUGAGCAUAAGUGUCCAUGACUUUUACCGGUGGAUAACGUCAGUUACUAGUAACACAUUGAGUUUAGUGUGGGCUCAAUUAAGCCUUAUUCUGGACAUUUUAAUUGCAAUUUGGAAAAAGUAAAAUGGCAAAUCUAAAAAGGCAGAUCUUCUGCAAUGUGGCUGAACAUUUUAUUGCAAUCAUAAUUUUAAACUCUAGUAUAAAAAUGAAACACCUCCUUAUGAUCAAGUAUAUCAGAAGAUAAAUGCGAGAUCUGCUGUAUCAGAAUUGGUGUCUGCUUAAGUUACGUAUUUAAACUUAACCAUUUUUCUUAACGUGUUAGCAAUAGUUAAAAAUUUAUGGCUUUGCGCAAUGAUCUUCCUGAUGAACAAACAGGUGCUUAAGGAUGCAACUUUGACAGAUGACAUAAACUUUUUUACAAACCUAGAUUCUGUGCUGCAGAAUACAACUGCAAGUCCAAUAUAUUGCCUGGCGACCCUGCACAUGUUUACUUGGAAGCAAGUUCCGCUGUUUUCUGUGGGGCUCUUUUUGAAAUUGUGGAAUGAAGGUAGUUAAUAAAACAAUAUUUUUGCUUCCAUAGAUUAAUCUUUCUCCUUCUCCUACACCCGCGCAGCUAAUAAGCCGUUCACAGACCUCCAACAGUAGUAGCAGCAGUCUUACCCAACAGACCAUGCUUCUGGGGAGCACCUCUCCUACUUUGACUGCAAGCCAGGCUCAGAUGUACCUCCGAGCCCAAAUGGUAAGUCUUGCUAGUUUAUAUUUUAUUAUUAUUAUUUGAAUGGUUGCUAAGGUUUAGUUGUUCUUUUCUGUUUCGUGGCUAAUGGUUCCUUGUCCCUUCUGAGUUUCCAGCAGUGACUGUAAUUUAGCACUUAAGUUUUGUAGAAUCCAGCAGAAUCCUGCUGAAAUCUCAAGAACAUUUCUGUGGGUACCGGAUAAUUGGUGGUUUUGACAUAACAGCCCUGCAUGCAUUUCCUUAAAAAGGAUAUCGUAGAGUUGGAAAAGGUUCAGAAAAGGGCAGCCAAAAUGAUCAAGUGGGUGAAACAACUCCUCUGUGAAGAAAGGUUGCAGUGUUUGGUAUUUUUAAGUUUAGAGAAAAGACAAGUGAGAGGUGACAUGAUGGAGUUUAUAAAAUUAUUCAUGGUGUAGAGAAAGUGGAUACAGAAUUUCCCACCUCCCCCUUCCCCUAACACUAGAAUUCAUGUUACAGGUAGGUAGCCGUGUUGGUCUGCCAUAGUCGGAACAAAAAAAUUCCUUCCAGUAGCACCUUAGAGACCAGCUAAGUUUUUUAUUGGUAUGCGCUUUCGUUUGCAUGCACAUUUCUUCAGAUACUAGAAUUCAUGGACGUCCAAUGAAGCUUAGUGUUGGAAGGUUCAGGAGAUAUAAAAGAAAAUACUUGUUCAUGUGACACAUAGAUAGACUGUAGAACUCGCUCCCACAGGUAGGCAGUGAUGACCUCCAACAUAAAAGAGGAUUCAACAAAUUCAUGGAGGGGAGAGGGCAAUCAGUGGUUACUAGCUAAGAUGGCUAUUCUCUGCUGCCGCAGUUGGAGGCAGCAGUGCUUCUGAAUACCAGUAGCUGGAAACAGCAGGAGGGGAGAGUGUCCUUGUGCUCGAAUCCUUCUAGUGGGUUUCCCACAGGUAUCUGGUUGGCGGCUGUGAGAACACGAUGCUGGACUAGAUGAGCCAUUGACUUCAUCCAGGAGGCUCUUCUUAUGUUCUUAGAUAUUGUUAAAGUAGAAGAAUGGGCCUUUUAAAUUACUCCCUCUGCUUGCAAAGUAUAUGUGGUCUGGUGUUUAUAGUAGGGCUUUUUCAGGACGGACACAAGUGAGAGUCACUUAGCCCUGGCAGCAGUUUUGUUUUCCAGUUGCUCUUCCUCUGUAGCUUGGUGAACAGGGUAACCCAACAAACGAUGGUUAAGCAAAUCCAUUGUUAAGACAGCAAGCCCCGCUUGUCAAGGAAAAAUUGGGGAUCCCAUUUGUUCCUUUGCAGCUAUGUUACUGCUUACCCCACACUUGAUUCCACAUGUGAUGUGAGCUAUGUGGCAGAUGGAAAUGGCUUGGGGAAAUAGCCUCAUGUGCCAGAUUGGGACUUGUGCUGGGCCAUAUGUUCUGCACCCCUGUUCUAUAUAGAAGAAAGUUCCAUAGAACAGUUGGAGUAUAUUAAGGGAAGAACUUUUGGCUAGCCCUCCACAUUGUGUGAUAUCAUACUAUUGCAUUGGCAGGAAUACCCCUGAUCCACUUCCUCUGUAUAAAUUUUUCUUAGAUACUAAAUGGAGUAAGCUGUUUGUUAAGUAGCAUCAGGCCAGGAUGUUCAUCCACCAGAGCCGGUUCCAUGAUUGUUUAUCUUUAAACCCAGUUCCUUAUGAGUGAAAGACUUUUAUGAGUAUGAAUUGGAAACCUUUGAAAAUGAUGUAUAAAAUCAUUGGCAAAGAACUGUUAAAAAAAAGAAGUUUGUGCUGUUGAGCCUUUUUGAUUUCUUCUUCUGAUGAUACUCUUUGAGAAUGAUUUUAAGCAUUAACGGGGAAAAAUACGCUGUUCUGUUUUUGUUAAAUCAAUCUCUCUGAUCCAGUUUGUUGUGGGGCAUGACUAGAAUAAUUCAUUUGAAGGAACAAAGAGUUGGUAAAGAUGCUCUGUGGGGUCAGCAAGUGUUUUGUUUUUUGUUUUCUUGUUUUGUUAGGGGUUUACCUGGUUCAGGACUGUAAUUAAAAUAACUAUGCUACUUUUCUUGCUAGACUUAGGAUAGUGGGAAAUAUUUCUGAAGGGAGCACACCAUCUCUUGCUGUAGACAUCUCCGAGUUUGUGUUUUUUCACCUGUGGGAUUUUAGAGAUGUUGGCUGCAGCUCCUCACCAGUCAUGUCUCGGAUGUAUAUGGAGAUGCAGCACCAAUGGCCCGGUUUACAGUUCCUUCUGUCAUCCUCUGGUCAUGGCUUUUGUGGACUUGUUGCAUGUGCUUCUUCCAUUCCCGGUCAAGCCUGCUGAUUCCUAAUGUGCCAUCCCUUGAAAAGGCUUUGUGAUCUCACUGGCCUCUCUGCCUCUCCUUGGAAUUGGAUAUCACUUUGCAACUCCACAUAAAUAAAUUAAUGCGGGGAUCUGCUGGUUCUGCGUUUCUCCCUCAUUUUGGAGAGUGUGAGCAAAUCAGUUGUUUGCCUCCCUUUCCUCUCUGUGUUCCGAUGCAAAGAGCAGCUUCUGAGGAAGGAGGGAUUUUCAUCAGGAGCAUCGCAGGUGAGUCAGAAGGGUUAAAACUCUUCCUUUCCACUCCCUGCAGUCCUGGUGCUGUUCUCUGCUAUACCCCUCCUGUGGCUGAGCUACCUGGUGAAAGGCUGGAAAGCUGCAUUAUUCUGGAAUACUGCAGCAAAUCUUUGCAGCUUUUUUUUAAAAAAACAAAACAAAACCUGAGAGAAUUUUCUAUCUAAGCUUUUGUUUGUUUGUGUGCAUUCAUGGUACACUGUGUGUCUCAAUUUUCUUUUUUGCUACCUUCCACAGCUGAUUUUUACACCUGCUACCACUGUGGCGGCUGUCCAGUCUGACAUUCCUGUUGUGUCGUCGUCCUCUUCGUUUCCCUGUCAGUCUGCGGCUACUCAGGUGAGCUCACGUGGGUUGUGUGAGCAUGUGUGUGUGUGUGUGUAUCCAUUUCCAGAUCCAUUGUGAGUGGUCGGCAUGCUGUUCUUCUCUUUGUAUCUAAUGCUGCAUUAUUUAUAUACUGCUUUUCAAGCGGACCUUGCAAAGGGGUUUAUAUAAAAGUAUUAAAACUGUAAGAUAAAUAAAAUUUAAAAACAACAACAGCAGAGACAAGCUAUGGGGUAGGGGGGUGUAGAAACCUGUGAAUGCUAGAUCCCAUUUACCUUCAGGGCAAGGUGCUUCUUGAGUUUCUCUGUACAGUGGUACCUCGGGUUACAUAUGCUUCAGGUUACAGACGCUUCAGGUUACAGACUCCGCUAACCCAGAAAUAAUACCUCGGGUUAAGAACUUUGCUUCAGGAUGAGAACAGAAAUCGUGCAGCAGCGGCGCGGCAGCAGCAGGAGGCCUCAUUAGCUAAAGUGGUGCUUCAAGUUAAGAACAGUUUCAGGUUAAGUACGGACCUCCAGAACGAAUUAAGUACUUAAUCCGAGGUACCACUGUAGUGGUAGUUGGGAGUGGGAGAGGACUCCCCAGCUGAAACACCGAGAGUUGGAUGAUGUCAAUUCUCCAGGGUGUUCCAUCUUUCUCCUCCUCACAGAGCAAGAUGACUGUUGAACCACAGCCACUAUAGGGCCACUCAUUCAACUGUUAUCUAUAUCUUUAUCUUAAAACUUUGAACUGCUACAGCGAUAUUAGUAUUUUGCCAUAUUACAUGGCCAGUCUAUGUUAGCAGUAACGCAUUCUUGAUCCCAAGAAGCAUGUAUCUAAAACAUGUGUUGCUUAAAUUUCAAUGACCUCUUACCCUCUUUAACCUGUUAGAAAAAAGUUGUACUGUAGGUUGGUACAUUUUGAUAGAUUUUUCCAAAGAGGUAGAUGUAGAUGCUUUUUUAAGAUGACAAUGUAGAAUGACUUUAAACCUAAUGGCUAAAUAAUUUUGCAGUAAUGCAAUAUUGCUCCCAGAAUUGAUGUACAAGAUCAGACUUAACCAGUGCAUAUUAAUGCCAAAGAGCCUUUGAAAGAAAUAAAGCAUUCACUAUGAAGAAUAAUAAAGUUUUAUAAGCUUUUAACAUGGCAGUUCCGUAUGUCGGCUCAAAUUGAUAACUGAAUUUAUUUCUGCAUAAACGAUGAUCCUAAAUACACUUACUUGAAACUGAGGGUCACAGUUAAUGCUAAUCCUGCUUAGAGUAGACCCACUGAAAAUAAUGUAGAUGGCCAACGUAGAUCCAUUAAUUGCAAUGGGUUUGCUCUGAAUAUAGCUUAGUUGGAUACAGCCAUGAGUUCCGCUGCAGUUAAUGGGCCUCAUGUCACACACACUCACAUAUACAGUGCUUUUUUCUGGGAGGAUGCAGGGGUACGCAUACCCCUAAACAUUUUAUGAAUCUUUGUACUUUUGUCCAUUUACUGUACUCAUUUCCUCCGAUUUGAACUAUAGAAUGGUCAUUUUCUUGAGUCAAAAUGAAAGUACCCCUAAACAUUUUUUUAGAAAAAAAGCACUAUGUAUACAGUGGUCCCUCAUGUUGCGUAACCUCCAGGUUACUUUGGAUUAUGACUGCGGCAAACCCAAAAGUGUAUACUUCCGGGUUUCGCCGCAUGCGCAGAAGUGCUCUGCAGGCGUGCACAGAAGCAGUGCCUCUAGUUACGGAUUUUUCAGGGUGUGCAUGGCACCCCGAAAUGAAUUAAAUCCGUAAUCAGAGGUACCAUCGUAUAUGUAUGUAUGUAUAUAUGUGUGUGAAAAAAUAUGAAAUAUGAAAAAAAUUCAUCAACAGAAAUACUUUAGUACAAAAAGAACCAUGUGCAAUCAGUAAAGUAUUAUUUCUACACCUUCUCUAAUUUCCCUUUGAGCAGAUCAGAGUGGUGUUAAAAGGACAAUGAAACAAAUAUGUAGUCUAACAAGGUUGCACAUUCAGGCUUGGGAGCAGUGGCAGAGACAUUGGGAGUGGAAUGUGCAGAGUUUGGGUAAUAGCAGCAUGAAGGCAUCUGCAUCAGAUACUGUUAUGUGUAGAAAUCUCACACGAUACGCAGCCUUGGUGAAUCCCAUUCCAAAGACAGAUGUCAAGUUUACAUUUUAUUGUAAGUCCUGCAUGUAAGUCCUGAGUCAUCUGAUCAUUCUUACAGUUAAAAUGCCUCUUUUUCUUCCAUGUUUAUAUAAGCAUGGUCAUAGGUUCAGCAGAAUCAGUUACAAUAGCUUUUGAAAAUAGGGCUUUUGUAGCCUGUGAGUGACUGCCAGUUUUACAAAAAGCUGCAUCUUUAGAAAUAGCAGGGGUGUGGGAGAAGCUUUGCAGAUUCAGAAUAUGUAAAUCAGUGAUCCUUUUGUGGACCAAAAUAUUUACCCUCCUAUCUUUGCUUAACUAGUCAAUUCCAAUGUGAAAUUAUGGAUAGUGUAGCUGGAGAAACUGAACACUGCUAAAUCAAAACCCAACCAUUUUUCUUCAUCUUACUAACAAAACUAUUAAACUUCAUGGGUUUUGCUUGACAGAAAGUGGAAACCUGAAGUACAAGGAGUACUGUUCAGCAACAUAAACCUUUUUACCUAAUUUUAAAUGCUUUGCGACGUCUAUUGAAGUGGAAGGGAAAGUAGAGGGAAAGAAUCUGUGAUCAGUCUUGAAUCCAGAAAGAAUCUCCCUAAUAGUAAAAAACAGAUGUCAAAAGGCAAAACCACCCAAAUGGUCUAUCGACUACACUGGUAACAAUCUCCAAUAAAACAACCUCUAGCUUUCGUAUUCCUUUCCAUCUCAUAAAUAGUAUCUACAUAAGAAUUAAUAAACAAAUCAAUGACAGUUGACAUUUGUAUUUUUUUUAUUGAUGAUUUUGCCCAGCUAGUGUGACAGCCUGUGGAAUUUGAUGAACUGUUGUCUAUGGAAAAUGAGCUGUAUUGUUAUUCCAUCUGGUAAUUAAGAUGGCACUUCGCUGGGUGGAAUUAAUGAGAGGGAGGUGUUGGCACUUGUCUACAGAUUAGCAAGCAACCAGUCAAGAAGUCCGCCACGAGGCAUGUUUCCCACAGCGGCAUCAACCUGUUGUUUUUCGAAAUACUUCAUUACCUCCUGCAAAAUAUCCCCCACACUCGCACCCUUCUUGGCUGCUUUGUCAGCCAAUUGAGGAAGCUUCUUCAGUUCCUCAUCAUUCUCAUUCAUGAAUGUGAGAUUGGGCACUUGGAAGUGAGAGGCCGCCAUCCAUUGGAGGAUAGCCUGGAGCUCUUUGUUCUGUGAGCUGGUAUUGGCACACUGGUUGUUUACUAUCACCUCAGAACCAGCGGGCACAAGUGGCUUUCCAAUAGUAGUAGGUUGUGGAGGUUUCUGGGAUGCCAUCGAAUCUGGACUUGAUACACCUUUGUUUCUUGCGGUAAAGUAUGUAGCUUGAUCAUCAGAGUAAUCUUCAACAACAAAAUCAGGGCUUUUAGUCAUGUACAUACACAGCUUCAUCACAGAUUCCAUCAGCUGAUCAAUGAAUUUCUUGUUUAUUUGGUCCAUGUUUUCAGAAUCCAUUUCUGGAUUGCAGUGUUUGGUUGAGGAUUUUCUGCUAGACCUAUCAUCAUAUGAGCUUGGUUUGCAAUUCUUGGUGCUUAUUUCGCACUCAUCCACGUUGAAACCAGCCUCUUGAAGGACCUUCUGGAUGAUUGAUAGGAGAGCACUUUGUAUUUCUCCCCUCUGGUAAUCUUGCUGUUGUGGAUCACCCUUGCAACCAUGAGAUUUGGAACCAUGUUUGCCUCCCUUUUCACAGAACCCAAAUGAAGAUGUGUUUGAGUCAUGACAUGGGUCCUUGUAUUGAGUUAGCAGGUGCUGCUGUAUCAACAUUAAAGCUGUCAGAAUGAGGUCUUUUGCUAGAAACUCAGUUGUGGAGCUACUUUUUUCUGGUCUCUUGUCAUGGCAUCCCCUGUCUGGACCUUUGCAUCCUGUUUUUGAUCGCAGCAUGCUGAUUCCAUCCUUAAUUAUUGUCUCACCUACUUUCUGAGCUGCAGACUGAGCUGGAUCUUGCUUUACUUUCUCCCUCGUGUGUAAUCCACCUUUCAAAGAUGCGAAAUGCAUAUUUGGAGCAUUAGGAUCUAACGAACAUCCUGUCUUCAAUAAAGAGUAUACAAGACUAUGCCCUUUCUCCUUAGUUUCCGACAUCAAAGCGUUGUACAUUCUUAGUACCAUUGCUUCUAAAAUCUCCGUUGACUUCUGGGUCCCUGCAUUGAAGAGAUUUUUCUUCACUGUGGUAACAAAGUCAGAGUCUGUCAUGAGGACCCCAGUGACAUUAUGUAGAUUUUUCAUAGUAGAGUCAAUUAAGUCUGAUAUGACAUCCUUUGUGUGUUUGAGAAACACUCUUUUCAAAAUCACACAAGCUGGAAGUGGUUGCCUACUCUUGUGAAUCUUUGUGGCAUUCACAAAUGAGAAUGUCAUAUCCUUAGCAUUUUUAUUUGCAUAAACCAUUAGCCCUUUGUUAAAAGAACCACAGUCAUUGCGACCUGACUGUUUCCUUGGAUGUAUCAAAUGAGCAUGUGAUGUUGGCUUUCCGUCAUCACAUUCUGGCAUGGAUUCACUUUGGUUGGAGCAUACCUCACCAUAAAAGAGAGAGGUUUUCUUGGGACUUCCUUUGCCCUCUUCCUUCUUGCCCGUAACCUGUUCUUGAGAUGAUUUAACACCAGGAUCCUGGGCAUUUUCCAUCACCUCGUUCACCAUCUUGGAUGCAACUUUACUUACAGAACCAGGAUUGAGGGCUUUCCCAUCUUUGGUAGCAUAAAUUGCCUGGCGUAUACAUUUAUUGGCAGCAUCUUCCAGAUUUUCAGAGAUCUCUUUACUUGCCAUUUGCAUAACCAAGGAGCACAACUUUUGAACAGUGCUUGCUACUUCGUCUGCAGGUCCUUUCUGACCUUCAGCAGACUUGAAAGCUGUGUUGUUGUUGUUCUGGGACAUCUUGUCAGCAGCUGAUGGCUUUUGUUGACGAGGGGCAGUAGAAGGAGUCAGUGCAUGUUGGAAUCCACAUGCAUAUUUCUGCAGGUCGUCAAAGAGCCAGGACACAACAUUCAGUUCUUCAGUUGAACCUUGUUUGAACAGACAGACUGCUCCUUCAGUCUUAGACUGUUCUGGUGUCUCACUAUCCUUUAUUACAAUUACCUCUUUGUCCUGCAUUUUCCCCAGAUCAAGUCCUGUGGCAGUUUCAUUGCCUUUAGACUGGCCAGCAGCAUCUUUGCCUGUAUCGUCUGUGUUUUUUAUGUUCAGGCUGGAGACAUCAACAAAACAGAUCACUUUUCGCUCCUGGUCCUUCCCUCCAUCAGGAUUGUAGAGGUCUACCUUACACACGCCUGCUUGGCUGUGUAACCAGUCAACUUCUUGAGACAUCCUUUGAAGUUUACAACUGGAAUUGCACCUAGGACCGUAGUGGGUGUUCUUUCUCAGCUCAGCUGCUUUGGUGACCCUGCCAGACUGAAGAUGUUGCCUCCUCUCUCAACUUUCCAUGCUCUUCUGCUGCCAGAUGUCAUUUUCACUUGUGUGCACACAUGGUUUCUAUGGCAGCAAUGACAUCACAAAGAAGCAGCACUGCCACCCACCAGUGGUGUGAUUUCAGUUAUUUAACAAGAUAUUGUUGCCCAACUUUUCUCCUUAUCUAUCCUACAUGGUCUAUGAGAAAUUUGUUGUGUGUAGGGGGAAAUUAAUGGUGCAUUUUCAAACCUAAUACAGUCAUACCUCAUGUUACAUUUGCUUCAUGUUAUGUUCUUUCAGGUUUCGUCCCACGGCGACCCAGAAGUACCGGAAAGGGUUACUUCCGGGUUUCGCCACUCGCGCAUGCGCACUAGCGCUAAAUCGCGCUUCGCGCAUGCGCACAAGCACCAAAUCGCACCGCGCACCUGUACAGAUAUGGCGCUUCAGGUUGCGCUCUUUUCAUGUUGCAAAUGGGCCUCUGGAACCGAUCCUGUUCGUAACCAGAGGUACCACUGUAAUGGAAAAUUAAGAAUAGUUAUUUUCUACAUUUAUUUUACUAUAAAAAUAAUCUAUGCAGACCUUAAGUAAAGCUUCCACAGUGAUUUAAUCAUAAUAGGUUUCUAAACAUAGCCACAAAGGAAGUGUCACAACUUCAAAAUACUUGAAGCACUUGGUUGUCAUCUGUCUGUCUCAAGAGACAAUGAAGGAGUGUGCCUUUCAGGGUGAAGUCAAACUGUUGAAAUGUUACACAGCGUCUGCUGUGGCUGUAGAGAUUAAUAUGGGAGAGACAUGUUUUGUUGCAGUUGGGGCAGAUGAAGAUGUCUUGUUGUGCUGCUGCAAAUGCCUCUGCACUCCUCCCAGCAGUCCUUCCUCCUCUGGGCACUGCUGUGGAUACGUGACCUGAUUGUCUUCAGGCCCUGCAGUCAUCUGCAUAGGAUUCCUGUGCGGCAGAGUUAACGAUGCCAGCCUUCACGUCUCAUUUGCAGACAUUUUUGUAACACAGGAUUUGUCUGCCGAUGGGUCUGGUGCCUGAAGUCAGCUCCCUGCAGUUCUACAGUGUGCUAAAGUAACCCAACUUUGAGGUUACCAAUGCAUGGGUCUCUGUUGCCAUGCUAUCCUUUGUUCAAGAAUAGCUGUAACUCGUACACAAGCCAAAACUGACAGAAGACACUCCUAGUGGUGAAAACCACUUGUGCCUCCGCUGCCACUGCUGGAUCCUGGAGCGUUGUUCCUUCAGAUGGAGUGCAACCCUGUCUACAUUAGAUGAUCUACCGAAUUCCUAGAUCCAGGAACCCACACACUUAAAAGCAGGGGCAUAGGAAGGGGGGCAUUGGGGGGGCGGUCCGUCCUGGGUGUCAUCUCUGAGGGGGGUGACAAAUGCCCCCUGGGCAGAUCGCCACCCCACCCCCUGAGCACCACCCAAUGGGCACCAGCCGCAGACGCUGCACUGUCCGCCCGCUGCCUCCCCCCCCAGCUGUAGGGCAGAUGAGGCCCCGUGGCACACCCUGUCCCUUCCUCAGAGCACCCUGCCCCUGGGCAUGCUGCCCCAGGUGCCUGAGAGGCUUCCACUGCUACUGCUUAAAAGGCAUGUUCUCAGGAUUUAGGCCAUUAUCUCACAUACGCAUAUGAAACCCAGAAGAGGUUAUAGCCUUUGGUUGGCAUCACUGGACAUUUGGCUGAGGCCUGUUCCUUCUCAUACUACUUGCUAUUGUUGCCUGCCUCCUGCUCACUGUGGGUGAGUGAGCAUUAACAUGAAUGAGGAGGAGUUGUAAUUUCUACAUCAGGGGCAUAGGAAGGGGGCGGCAGGGGCGGUCGCCCCAGGUGUCCCAGAGGGGGAUGACAAAAUCCACCCUGGGCGGAUCACACCACCGCGCCACGAUCGGAUCCCUGCCGGGAGAAUCACACUGCCACACCACAAUGAGACCUCCACUAGGAGGAUUGCACCACCACAUUGCAAUUGCGCUGCCCUCUUGGGCGGAUCGUGCUGCCCCCAGGUGCACGGCAUAUGCGCCACUCCGGGUGCCUGAGCAGUUAGCUCCGCCGCUGAAUACCAUGUCAGCAUUCUGGGAGGUGGUCAGAUUGGGCAAAGAGAGAACGGCAAGAAGGGAGCUGUGGCAUUAGCAACAAAUUCUGUGGCACUUAAUCCUGGGUAAGGAGAUAGGAUUGCAGCCUUAAAUGGUGAAAAAAAUUCAGACACUUUGAACUGAAGUCGUAGUAAUUCAUGGCGCUCCUCCUGAGUAGAAGAAUCAAGCCAUACAGUAGGGCUCAGCGUCCCUCUUGCACACCUGUCUGAUGAAUCUGGGAACCUGUUAAAUGGACCAGCCAAGACUGACUUUGAUGCAAGCCAAACAAUGCUUGUAGCUCAAGUAUCAUGUAAUAGGUCCCAUGCUACAUCCACUCUGAAGGUUUAUAGAACGUAAGUGCCCUUCUGGUUCACAUUAAGGGCCCAUUUAGUCCAGCAUCCUGUUCUCAUAGUGGCCAACUAGAGGCUUUGGAAAAGCCACAAGAGGUUCUAAGUCCCAACAGCACUCUGCACCCCUGUGUUCCUCAGGAACUAGUGUACUGGAGAUAUAGCCAUCAUGGCUAGUAGCCAUUGAUAUCCUUAUCCAUGAAUUUGCCUAACUGCAUUUUAAAGCUAUCCAAGUUGGGACCCAUCACUAUAGUUGGUGGCAGCAGAUUCCAUAGUUUAACUGUUUACUACGUGAAGAAGUACUUCCUGAAUUUCCCAGUAUUCAACUUCAUUGGAUAAUCAUGAUUUCUUGCGUUGUGAGAGGAUGGGAAAACCUAUAUUCAUAUUCUCGACAUUGUGUGUAAUUUUUGCACCAGUUUCAAUCCCCAGCAUCUCCAUGGGGGGCUGGAAAUGCCCCUUGCCUGAAACCCUGGAGAGCAGCUGCCAGUCAGAGUAGACAGUAUUGAGCUAGAUGGACCAAUGGUCUGAUUCAGUAGAAGGCAGCUUCCUAUGCCCCAGCUCUGCAAUAUUAUUUUUAAUACAGAACUGUAUCCCAAGUGCAGUUGCAUCUUAGAUGCAAUAUUAUGAUACUGACUGUAUGAAUAUUAUGAUACUGACCGUAUGAAUGGUGCCAAACAUGCAGUUCACCUUUUUCACAGCUGCUGCACAAUUGGACAACAUUUGCACCAACCUUUGCACUACAACCCCAAGUUCUCUUUUCUGGUCAGUCACCUCCAGUUUAGAGCCCUUUAGUAUAUAUGUGAAUUUAGGAUUUUUUGCUCUAUUGUGUAUCACUUUAUGCUUGCUUACAUUGAACUAUAUUUGCCAUUUUAAUGCCAACUCAGCUAGUUUGGAAAUAUUCUUUUGGAGCUCCUCAUAGCCCUCUUUUUAUUUUACCAGUUUUAUGUCAUCAGCAAAAUUGGCCACCUCACUGCUCACUCCUAACUCCAGAUCAUUUAUGAAUAGGUUAAAAAGCACCAGAAUCUUACUUUCUACACGCCUCCACAAGAGAACUAUCUAUUUAUUCCUACUUUCUGCUUCUCCUUGCUUACCUUAUGGUCCAUAAGAGGGCAUCUCCUCUUAUCCAGUGAUUCCUAAGCUUACUUAAGGGUCUUUCAUAAGGGACUGUAUCAAGCUCCUUGAAAGUCAAAAGUUCCAAAUGUCUGCUGCUUAUUGAUACUCUUGGACUAACUGACACUCACAAAGAACUUUGAAAAAUUAGACAUAACUUUCCUUUGUGGAAGCUAUGCUGAUUCUUCUUCAGCAAGACUUGUUCCUCUAUAUGCUUAGUGUUUUUAUCUUUAAGAGCGCAUUCCAUCACUUUUCCUGGAACACAUGUUAAGCUAGCUGGUCUAAUUUCUUGGAUUCCUACCCAUCCGCCUUGAUCGCUUAAAAAAACCACAACCUAGUGUUGCAUUGACAGUUUUCCAGCCCUUGGGUAUGGAAGCUAAUCUGAGGAAUGAGUUACAGAGUUGCACUGCAAGAAGGAGCAGCACAUUCUAAUUUCUCUGUGUAUCUGGCUCAGCAAGCAUCCUCCCUUCUUUUCAUUUUUCCUCCUGGGUAACUUAUAGGUCUGAUUCAACCACAGGAAAAUCCUCCAAGUGGAGUGGCCCUAUGGAUACAUAUGUGUGAAGUAACAUCUGACCAGGCCCAUCCAUGGUUACAGAGCCUCUUAACUGAUGGUGAUGCAAGCGAACACACUGGCUGAAAAAUGUACGGCCCCACACAUGCAAAUGAUCACCAAGCAGUGGCAUAUGUGAUCUUAAUUGUGUCUGAUCAGCUUCCCCAGUCCAUUCUCACCACACGCUCCAAAAGUGACUGACCAUGCCCCACAGAAUUGGUUUGUACUAGGUCAAACUUAUUUGCAGACACCAGUGGCAACAAUACCCACAUUUCAGCUUUUAAGGGAGGUACACAUUACCUUACUAAAGGUCACAAGAACAAAAGAUGAGCCUUCUAAGCAACUGACCAUUUGCAUGUAUAUUUAAGAGCACUAUAAGCACUGCUCCCAGUUCGCUUAACAACGCUUACCAGGUCCUGGGUGCCACUCAAUAUUAAGUCCAGGGUCACCACCUCUCUGGUCAAUUCCAACACCAGCUGUUAUAGUGCACAGUCAUUAAGGGCAUCUAGAAAUAUUACCUCUUUGUCAUGACUGGUACACAUAUGUAGCCAUUCUAUACAUUAUUGCAAUGUCUCCUCUUUUAGAGACUUCCUCGAUUUCAUUCAUCAUCUCAAGGUCUGCUUGAGCAUUUUGAUAGCACGUCCCCAGUACUAAAUUGUUUUGGGGGCCCAGUAUCGCCACCCACAAUGGAUCUGUGGUGGAGUCUGCCUAUUUUGAGAUUUCUAGCUUGCUGGAUUCAGUGCUGUCUUUGAGGUGCAGAGACACCACCUCUGGUCUGCCCUUAUCUGUCCUUCCUGUAGCAUUUAUAUCCAAAGAUAACCAUGUCCCACUGGUUCUCUCCAUUCCACCAGGUUUUUGUGAUGUUCACUAUAUCAAUGCCAUUCCCUAAGUCUAAGCACUCAAGUUGACCCAUCUUGGCUUGGAGACUUCUAGCAUAAACACUUGUAUACCAGUCUCCUCUUGAAACUUUGUUUACCCUCCAGGUGUCCCCUCCUUCUCCCCCAGUGAGACUUGCCCCACAUUUCUCUCUACUGCCCUUGAAGCUGACCCAGAAACUCCAGCGGGUGCAGAAUGCUGCAGCGAGGCUCCUCACGGGGUCUCUGCCAUGGGAGCAUAUUCACCCAGUGCUUUUCAAACCCUGUAGAGUACAGGGUCAGAUUUAACGUGCUGCUUUUGACCUUUAAAGCCCUUCACGGCCUAGGACCCUCGUACCUACGGGACCGCCUCUCCCGGUAUGCCCCACGGAGAGCCUCAAGGUCCAUAAAUAGCAGCACCCUAGUGGUCCCGGGCCCUAAGGAAGUUAGAUUGGCUACAACCAGAGCCAGGGCCUUUUUUAAACUCUGGCUCCGGCCUGGUGGAACGCUCUUCCUCAUGAGACCAGGGCCCUGCAGGAUCUGAUUUCUUUCCGCAGGGCCUGUAAGACAGAGUUGUUCUGCCUGGCCUUUGGCUUGGAGCCAAUUCGAUUCCCUCCCUCCCUCUCUUUCUUUUUUCCUUUCCUUCUCCUCCUGCGAUGAGGCUACAUUUUAAUAUUUUAAUGUUUCAAUAUUUUAAUGUUGUAUUUUAAUUUUGUUUUUAAGUUGUAAUCAUUCAACUUGUUUUUAUUAUUGCUUGUAAGCCGCUCUGAGCCCGGCCUUGGCUGGGGAGGGCAGGGUAUAAAUAAAAAAAUUUAUUAUUAUUAUUAUUAUUAUUAUUAAUAUUAUUUUGAAAACGUUAGCCUUGAGACUAUGUUUUCUUUUAUGAGGGUCACCCGAGGCUUGCGUUGAGGAGGUCUACCAGAGUCUAAGAAGAUGCAGUUCCCAAAACACUGUAAACCUUUUAAUUCUAGCAAGCUUUCAGUGAGCUUGAUGCAGGUUUGGGAAGUGUGUGUGAAAUAGAUAGUAUUUUUAAUGAAUUUAUGCUGCUAAUUAUAUUGAAAUCACUCACAUAUUAGCAGGCUGGCUAAGGGUAAGCUGGCAAUGUGUGUAGUAAGCAGUGCUGAAUUUGCAAACAGAACUCUUCCAAGGAUAUCAGCAGUCUGUAUAAGAUUACUAUAUUGGCUCUACUUGCAUGCUCUGCAUAGUGUCUCUUGCAAUAUAGUACAAAGCAUUGCCUAACAUUUCUCCAGUUCCUUACCGUGUACUGAUUAUUACUGCUCUUCACCUCAUAUGUUUGCUUCCAUCAGUUUUGUAGCAGCAAAUAAUUGGUCUUCACAACAUAUAGUUUUGCAUAAAAUAACGUUUUUCCUUGGUUCUGGUAAGGGGUGGUUCCAGGUUUGAUAAGCCUUUUGGCAACCUGUGCAGUGAGAGAUAUCUCAAAGAGGAGGGAUUGUGUAAACAGAACAAUCCUCUACCAUGCACAAUUACUGUACUUGAUGUGGGGCUGGUAAGGUCAAAAGCAAUGUGCAGAGAGAGUUCUAGGAUGGAGAAAGUAGUUGCAAGUUACUCUUACUGUUUGUCCUAAAAGAUAAUGCAUGUGCAUGUAGGAUUAUAUUUUAUAACAGAAAGAUCUGCAUUUUCUUUUAACAUUAUUAAAUGCAGACUCAAGAAGAUACUUAGGGGUUUUUUAACCGUGAAAAUUUCUUAAGCAUUUUAUGGUGCAAUCUUACGUUCUUCAUCUUUCCAUAAUCAAGUGACAGGGACUUUUUUAUUUUUUUGCCACAUGUUGUGACAUACCCUUGUAGAGAUCCACCAAUUCAGAAUGGGUAGACCUUAAAUUACAGAAAGUAAAACACUUAUUUUUCGUGUAAUCACAAAACCAGCCCUUGCAACUGGUACAUCUUUGUCCUUCAUUAUGUAGAAAGAAGACGCAGGUCUACUUUUAUUGUUACUUGUCUAAAAUCCUAAACUUUGUUAAGCUAGAAGUAACACCAAAAUUACCUUGCUGAGACUGAGGCAUUAAAACAAUACUCACCACACUCAAAAUUGCAGGAUAGUCAUUUAGUCCUUGUUUAAUUCACUGUGUUGCCUACAAUUUAGCAUUGAAUUUCAUGUGUCAGAAAGGACAUGCAAAAAAAAUGCACCAUUCCAACUGCAACAACGGUCUAGCCAGGUGACUGACCGAAGCUAGGUAUAUAAUGUGAUGCUCAAGAUGAGGACCUCCUAUUCAUCCCAUUGUCGUGAACUUUCUGUCAUGGGGUUGUGUGCAUUUUUUGGGGGGGGGGGGAGUAUUCCUGAUUUCAGAUACAUUAAUUUAUGAGGCCCUGAAUUGGUCAGCAAUAUCUACCAAUGCUUGAUAUUCUAUGAUUCCACCUCAGCAGUAUACAGCUUAGCGUGUCUGUCUUUGGUUACAGACAUCCUGGAUGCAACCAUGUAAGAGGCAACUGACUUUCAAAAUAGCUAAGAAGUAGAGGGAGUCUCCCAUAAGUGCCAGAGGUUGCUCCCAGUAGUUUGUUAAUUGCAUUCUACUUCCCUAUUAAAGUUAUGGGCAGCAGCAAAGGAGAAGCACGGAGAUUCCUUUAAAAUAAACUGGCCUGGAAGUGAACACAACGUAAAUGCAUUGUCCUAACAUUUAUUUUCUGGAGCGCUCCUUUUGGAGACAGAAUACUUCUUUACAUCAGUCGGUAGAUGAGGGUGGAAUGUACAAAGCACAAAGUGUGUGUCACAAAGCAGAAGUGAAGAUAAGGUUUUAAGAUUUAACACAUUCUGAUUUGUAACGAGUUGAGACGGUUGCCACAACUGAUACUUUCUCAUCUACUGUGACCGGAAACUUGGACUCCCUCCCCUCCCUUCUUUUCCCCACCUUUCUGUGCCUUAUCACUAAUUUUCAUUAGCAGCCUACAGGAGUAGUAGAAAGGCCUUGAACACAUCCUGCAUUUUGGUUUAUUUUUUUUUAAUGCUGUUUCUGGGCUCCUUGGAUUAUGUAUAAUGUUGCAGCUAAUUAGGACCUGGUUAUUUGUUUGAAGUGAUCAAUAAACAGCCUGUCUCCCCUCUCACUUUUUUUUUUAUUCUUUUUUAUUGAUGAGCUUGCCCAGCUACCCCAGUUCAGUUCAGUGCACUGUUGCUUGCAGUGGGGCUGUAUUGGUGGUUUCCGUUGCGCCAGCAAAGAGUGGUUUCGGCGCCUGGACUGGGCUCACGAGAGUAACAUGAGAGGGAAGAGUUAGUUCUUACAGGUUAGCAAGCAGCCAGUCGACUAGUCCACACCGAGGCAUUUGUCCCGACAUGGCAUCCGCCUGUUGUUUUUCAUAAUACCUCAUUACCUCUUGAACAAUGUCGCCUACGCUGUAGCCCUUCUUGGCUGCUUUGUCAGCCAGCUGAGGAAGCCUUGCCAAUUCUCCGUCUUGAUCGUUCAUGAAUGUCAGGUUUGGCACAUUGAAUUGCGAAGCAACUAACCACUGGAGCACAGCUUGCAGUUCUUUGUUUUGUGUACUGUUGUUGCAGUUCUGGUUAUUCACAAUCACCUCAGAGCCCACACCCAAUGGCAUCCCGUUACAUUUCCCGUCCUCACCACCUUUAGCCAUCAGCAUGCACAGCUUCAUCACCGAUUCCACCAGUUGGUCAAUAAACUGCUUGUUUAUCUGUUCCAUGUUGUCAUUCAUAUCAGGCCCCCCGUAGGAUUUAGAUAAGGCCCUCUGUGGUCUGCACUCGGCAAAGGAAGGCUGCUUAUAGCCUCUGUCAGGGGGACACUCGUCUGCAACACCAGCUUCUCUUAGUACUUUCUGGAUGAUGGACAAGAGAAUACUUGAGAUGUCGCAUUUUUGGGAUUCCAGGCUUUCCUGCCUGCCCCCGCCUGGCCUUGAACCAUAUUUGGACCCGCCGCUUCUGUCAUGGGAACAGCAAAACGAUGUGGUCGUUGUCUCGCGGGUGGGUGCUUGAUCUUUGUUUUUUUCUAAGAGGUGUUGCUGUAUUAACAUUAACGCUGUUACAAUAAGGUCUUUAGCGUACACAUCCAUUGAACAGUGCUUGUCUGCACCUUUGCUUCCACCGGGAUGGGGCCUCAUUUGUCCAUUUCCUCCUCUGCCCUGCAUUUCACCUUUAAGUGAUGCAAACUGCAAUCCUUGAGUUCUGGAGUCUGUGUGUGUACCUGCUUUUAGUGCAGUGAAAGCUAAGCAUUGCUUUUUAUCAUCUCCUGACAAUGCUUUGAAUAAACGUUUCACCAUUGCUUCCAGAAUCUCAGUUGACUUCUGGGUCCCUGCAUUGAAAAGGUUCUUCUUCACUGUAUUGACAAAGUCAGAGUCUGUCAUGAGCACUCCUGUGACGUUGUGUAGAUUUUUCAUAGUGGAGUCGAUUAAGUCAGAUAUGACAUCCCUGGUGUGUUUCAAAAGCACCUUCUUUAACACCACGCAAGCUGGUGGAGGAUGCUUGCCUUUUUGGACUUUCAUUGUCUUCAUGAAUGAGAACAUCAUAUCUGAAGCAACCUGGUUUGCAUAUACCAUCAACCCUUUGCUUACAGAGCCAUCAUCCUGUCCAGGACAUGACUGUUUCCUUUCCAACAUUUGUCUGUCUGCUCCCUGACCAUUCCUGUAGCCGUUCUGAUUGCACAUCUCUCCAUAAAAGACGGAAGCUUUUCUGGGGUCAUCGUGAGAUGAUUUGGGGGAUAGCUUGCCAUAGUCUGCACUGCUGUUUGAUCCGCGGGGAUUGAUUGAUUGCCGAAUGCAUUUACUACUGUCAAAUUUAUCCUUCAUUUCCUUCUGUGCCAUUUGAACCACUAAAGAACAGAGUUUGUUAACAUAAUAGGAAAGAUCAUCUCCUCCUCUUGGGCAACCAUUGCCCCGGAAGGAAGUAUCACUGGUCUGGGACAUCUUUUCAAGCGCAGGUGAAUUGUAAGCAGAUUUACGAGGGCCUGAGGGGGUUAGUGCAUGCUGGAAUCCAACUGCGUAUUUCUGAAGGUCGUUGCUGAGCCAGCUAACAACGUUGAGUUCUUCAGAAGAGCCUUGCUUGAAAAGGCAGACAGAGCCUUCGGUAUUAGAAUGGGGAUCGUUCUCGUUGUCCUUUAUUACAAUUACUUCCUUUUCUUCAAGAUUACGAAGGUCAAGACAAGGGUCAGCGGCACCAGAUAAUCCUCUGUUGUGUUUGUGUUUGUCUGUUACUUUGAGGUUGCCAACAUCAACGAAACAGAUAACUUUGCGGUCUUGGUUUCUUGACUCGUCGGGACUGUAGAGGUCUACUUUGCAAAGGGCUGACUGACUCUGUAGCCAGUCAAACUCCUGUUCCAUACUAUGUGCCCAGAAUCUGAAUUGUGCCCCAGGUUGUGGAGCGUUCUUGUUUCGGUUUUCGCUGACCCUGCCCCACUCAAGAUGUUGCCUCCUCUCUCAGCUUUCCAUGCUCUUGUACUGGCUGAUGGCAUUUUCAUUUGUGUGCACACAUGGUUUCUAUGACAGCAGUGACAUCAUAAAGCAUGGAUAUCAUCCACCAACCAGUGAUGCCUUGGCCCUGCUUACCAUAAGAUUGUUCUGUAUUUUCCCCCUGUUAACCUGUACUAAAAGCAUACCCAAAAGAUUAAAGUAUUGAUUUUAGUAGUCAGGUUGAAAAAUAAGGGCAUGUAUUGGUUUGCUUCCUAAGUAAUCCCCCUUUUCAGAACACAAUCAAGGAAGCAGGCAGCCAACUGUUCCAGUAUAAGCUUUUGUUUUUGUACAAAUAAAUAUAUUGCAUUUGCAUUAGCUCAGUGUGCCCCAUAUUUGAGCGUGUAUGAGAAUUAAGAGCUUAAGGGCAAUCUUUUCUCAUGUAGGAUCUUUGGCCUCAAGGCUUCCAGUGACCUCACAAAGAACUGUUGCCACAUCAAUAACCCUAUCCUCUCAAUUUUUUGAUCUGCUUGCUUUUCUGCUGCCUCUUUUUUCUACCACUACCUUCAGUCUUACUGUGGUAUGUUAACUUUGAGUGCUCGACUUCAUAUUUUCAUUUAUAGUUUCCUUGUCAUUGUUCAUUGUCCUCUGUAGUUUUUAAAUACCUCAAUGUAUUAUUUCUUAAAAGUGAGACUGUGACUUUGACCAUAUUAGGGUCAGGAACCUAGUCAUAGACACUGUUUUGUGUAAAAGACAGACAGAGCAAUGAACAGAAGAAAAUAAAAGAAAAAUCAUCCAUCUCAAUAUGUAACAGAGCAAAGAGCAAAAAGUUCAUUCCUCUUCAAGAUGAAGGUGGGGAGUUUUUGUCUUUCCUGGAGAGAAGGAAUAUUUCAGCUUCUGGCCAGGCUUCCUCAAACUCGGCCUUCCAGAUGUUUUGAUACUACAAUUCCUAUCAUCCCUGACCACUGGUCCUGCUAGCUAGGGAUCAUGGGAGUUGUAGGCCGAAAACAUCUGGAAGGCCGAGUUUGAGGAAGCCUGUUUUAGGCUAUGCCUUCAAGGAAAGAGCAGGGUAGUUCUGCUAAUUUUAAGCUACUACUUUGAAGUAACAUAUAGGCAGUGUCAGUGCCAGACUAUUUUGUGCCCUAGGCAAGGCUAACUACCUCAAAAAAUUGCUAACUUCAGUUUUCAGAAACCGAUGUCUUGCAGAAAAAAUGAAAAGCACAAACUUGAAACUGCUAAAUUUAUCUUAAAUUGAAAGAAUAUAUAAUACAUCCAUAUUUGAUUAUGUUUCUCAAAUAGAAAAUGUUUUUGCCAAAUCAUUUUGAAUAGCAAUCUUGUGAAUUAUGAUAUUAAGAUGUAAGUCUCAUAAAUUUCAAUUUCAUGCACAUCAGUAUCUUGCUUUGAGUCCCUUUUCCUUUACUAAUUUUGCCACCAGUUCCUUCAGGUCAAGUGCUGACGCUUGGGCAUGUUCAGCUGUUAUAGUUCUCAAGCCAACUAGUCUCUUUUGCAACAUGAUUGAGCGUAUGUAAGUUUUUAUAAGUUUGAGCUUUGAGAAACUGCACUUGCCACUUGCCACUGACACUGCAAGUGUGAGAAACAUUAGGCACAUUAUCCAGGAGUUUUUGUUUCAGUAUGAAAAGAAGUACUGCUUGUGGCAGCAUGGACUUUGGAAGUCUUUGAGCUAUUGCUAUAAAUUCACAGCAAAGAUAUUCAGCAUCAGUAUAGUAUUUUUGUUUCCAUUGUGCAUCUAUGAUUUUUCCAAUUUUUUGCAGACCUUCAGUACAUCAUCAGUAGAUUUUGUGUUCAUACUGUAUACACUCAAACCUCUGUUGUCGAAGGUAAUCCGUUUGGCUUCUGAAAUGUUUGACAACCGAGGCGCAGCUUCCAGUUGGUUGCAGGAGCUUCCUGGACUCAAACGGAAGCUGCGUCAGACAUUCGGCUUCUGAAAAGCAUUUAAAACCGGAGCAUUUACUUCCAGGGUUUGGCGUUCGGGAGCCGAAACGUUCCAAAAUGGAGGCGUUCACGAUCCAAGGUUUGACUGUAUAUCAUACAGGAAGCCAAAUAGGGAAUUGUAUUGUUGUAGCUGCUGGAAUUUUUACAGUUGUACCACAGAAUGCCAGGUUUUACAUGCCAAGAACUCUGACCAAAGCAGUCAAUUAUUCUAAGAUCUGUCACCAAUAUUGUUCUUCUCGCCUAAUUUCCUGCUGGUUAACAUUGUGAAUUGGUUUUCCUUUCGAUAAGCACAAUUCAAAUUCUCUCCAGGCAGGUCUGAUAAUUUUCUUAAUGUUCAGUAUUCCUCUCUUGUGAAGACAGAUUUGCUCCCAUGUUCUUCCAGUCUUUUCAUAGAACCAUAGAAUUGUAGAGUUGGAAGGGACCCCAAAGGUCACAGGAAUGUCUUGGGUUGUCAGUUAACAGUGGUUCGUGUGAAGCUAUGCAGGCCCUUAAGGGUAUAAAUUUCUUUAUUGUCUGUUUGAUCAACAUGAUUAUGGAAGUGUUCAAAACAGAUAUAGUUGGACUUCCCUUCCCUUUUUAUUAUAAGUAUAGCACCUUACGGCCUGGCAUUUCAAGCUAGGUGUAGGUAUCUAACAGUUUCCUGGAAUGUGAGAAGUAAUUCUGAUUUGAGAAGCAUUGACUUUGACCCAGCUGUGGUCUAGUGAAGUGCCUACAGUGUUUUUAUUUUAUUUACCAGUGGGAAACUUCAUCUUUUCAGGAUUCAAUUAGCAUCAUGUGGAACUAUAAGAAUCUUGUACCUCUGUGCUGUGUUUCACUUUUACAACUAGUGUUCAAUACAAAUAUGUUACAUCCCUUUGUGCAAUAUAUUUAAAUGGUUUGUUAGAUACACUUUGAGGUGGCCUUUCUGUAUGGUAAUAUUAGGGGUAUCUAUGUUUCCUCCCUCUUUUCAUUUUAUCCUGCUGCUACCCCAACCAGAACUGUAUAGCCUAUCAUAGAUAUGACAGAAGACCAAGCCAAGUAAUUUCCUUGGGGGAACUGUGAAUGGAUUUGAAUUCCACUAUUUAUUGUCAGUCCGAUAGUAAUAUCUUGUAAAUUUUAAGAUUGCUCUCUAACCAAGAUAGUAUGGACUUCGGUAUUCUUAACAUCUCUGGCACUGUGUCAACAGUAAAUAUUGAGAAGCUCAGUUCUGAACUGCUUUUCCCAUGGAACUUACUGGGCUUCAUUGUAGUGCUUUUCUGAUUUUGGUACCAUCAAAUUGAAAGUUUGCCAUUAAGCUGGUUAUUAAACUUCAUGUUGGAUUUAUUUUUUAAUCACUUUCUUUAGGUCCAGAAUUUGACAUUACGCAGCCAGAAGUUGGGUGUAUUAUCUAGUUCACAGAACGGCUCUCCAAAAAGCAGUAGUCAUGCCCAGACACUAGCUGUGUGCCCUAAUAAACCCGUAACCAGUACCAAAGCCAGCCAGUCAGAUCCUCUAGAAAGCAAACGGAAAGGUGACAGCCCAACAGCAGAGCCUCGAAGCCCAGCCGUCACACGCACGUCAAGUAUUCAUCAGCUCAUGGCACCAGGUAGGACAGAGAGGUCACCUUCUUCAAAGAAUGUUCAUUUUAAAUACAAUGUAUUGUUUGAUUUUUGUGCAUAUUUUCUGUGUCCAGUCACUUGUGUGGAAUGCACCACAAAAUCUGAAGCCCCAGGAAAUUCUAGGAAGCUCUAGGUAAGUGGGAACAUUAAAACAAGCACUCAUAUACUGACACGACAGUGUUCCAUCACAUUCUGGACUGAAAAAUUCUGCCUAAAGUCAUUGAAAUGUGACGUACAUAUUCAUUUUACAUAUAUUGAAGAAACAGCGUGGCACAUUAGUGGUACAUCACUGUAUAUCUAUCUGGGAAGGUUUCUUCCCGUUACCAACAGUAGUUGAACUGACGUAUUUGACGAGAGGGAAGCAUUUCAAUAAACUUCACUUUGUGCAAUUCCUGAGGGUGAGAGGAGAACAGAACAGAACAUCCCAAUCCAGCGCUCUGCUGGUUUAAGGAUUGCUCUUGUGCACCUACCUGUUUUUGUUUUAAAUUUCCCUCCCAUUCUCAUUGGGAUCAAAUCGGUAGAAAUAUGUCGGCCCCAGGGCUUGUCCUCCUGGUUUGGGGCAUGUCGGGGAACUGGGACAGCAAUGGAUCAUUCAUACCCAAGCCUUGCCCUGGUCUGGCCCCAAAACACCCUUGUCAACCCUAUAAGCACCAGAACUCUGACAUCAGCAAAGCAAAGGGCCAUGGCAGUUUCCACAGCUUCAGGAAGUGAGCAGCCGGCUUAUGGUCUCCCUCUCCAAGGUUAGAUGUCUCUUUCCACUACUGGAAAGCUGAUCUUCCUCUAUCCCAUGGGUUGCCAUCCCAGGGACCCAUAGGAUUUUAGGGUUAGCGUUUGAAUGUUACAGUCAGACUUGAAGCUCUACUGUGGAAUUAUUUUUAUUAGGAUAUUUGUAAGUAUUUUAAUACAUGAUGGCACAAUAACACAUGCCCUUCCAUAAAUGUAUGAAUUAUAUAGAUUUUAAGGCAGCGAACGGGAGUGAAAACUCUUAACAUACAAAAUAAAAUAAAAAAUCCUUCCAGUAGCACCUUAGAGACCAACUAAGUUUGUUAUUAGUAUGAGCUUUCGUGUGCAUGCACACUUCUUCAGAUACCAAAUGUUAACAUACAAAUUAUUGUAGUAUGCCUGAAGAACUGCUUCCUAGGGAUAGUCACUGGAAAAAAGUUAGCUACAACUUUGAUUUUAGAUUUGACUACUGUUUUGUCUGUUACAGUUGCCCAAUUUAAUUCUAAAAAUGAAGACUUUUUAGUGAAAAAAUAGUCCCCCAACCUUCAUAUUAUCUUUCAUAGGUGUGUUUCUCUAAGGAUUUGUCAAAUUCAGGGUAUUGUAUUGAAUAUAUUAGUUGCCAUUUAUAAUGGAUCUGUUUGCUUGAUUUGGUCAAAUGCCGGGUGGACAUGACUAAAACCAUGCAUUAUUAUUUUUUGCGGAUUUAAGGAAAUGAUUAUUGAUUCUCUCUUUUUAUUUUCCUUUUCACUGUGCAGCUUCAUAUUCUGCUAUUCAGCCUCAUUCUCUGUUAAAGCACCAGCAGUCCCCUCUUCACUCACCACCUUCAAAAAUUUCCCACCACCAGCUGAUCUUCCAGCAGCAACAAGUUCAACCAAUCACGCUCCAGCUUCCUCCCAACCAGGAAGCAUCUGUGUCGCAACACUGUGCCCCUCUCCAAGGCCAUGCUCUUCCUCCAGCCCCCAGCAGCGCCUCAUCGCAGCACUGCACACCUGUCCACAUCCAUCCCCCGCCACUUCCUCCUCCACUUUCUCCAACUCCAUCCCAGUCCUCCCAACAGUCAGUAGUGGUAUCUCCACCACCACCUCCUUCGCCCAGCCAGUCGCCAACAAUAAUUAUACACCCCCAGGCUCUUAUUCAGUCGCAGACACAUCCGCUAGCAACACCAGCACUUCAGUCAGAGCAUCACCCAGCGCAGGCCGAUGAUAGGCCAGCAGAAACAACCUCACAGCCUUCUAAUCUUCCAGCCCAGCUGCCACCUUCCCCAAUAGUUCACAUUGGGUCACCGGAUCAGCCUGCCAUGGUGUCCACAGGCCAACAUAUAACAUCUCCAACGCCUCACCAGCAGUAUCCAGCUUUGCAGCCCACGCCAAUCCCAGUGGCAGCCUCUCCCCAGCUGCCAACAUCUCCAGCCCACAGCCAGCCGCUUCCUCUCCCGCCUGUUCAGUCUUUACAAGUGCAGCCUGACAUUUUGUCCCAGGGUCAGGUUUUGGUGCAGAACACGUUGGUUUCUGAGGAGGAGCUUCCUGCUGCCGAAGCGUUGGUCCAGCUGCCGUUUCAGACUCUUCCUCCUCCUCAGACGGUUGCAGUGAAUCUUCAAGUGCAACAAGCAGUACCUGUUGAGACCCCGGUGGUAAGCAUCUGAUAACUUCCCUCUCCAGUUUUGAAAUGGGAGAUGAAACAGUGACAAGUUUAAACUGGGUGGAUGUUAGAUAUUUGUUUUCUUACAGCUCUUCAGGAUUUUUCUCAAAAGCGUUUGCCGGUUUUACAAUUUUGAUGUGAUAGAUUAUACAUUUGACUUAAAAAUUGUUAGGUACUCUGAGAAGUCUUGACCAAGAGCAAGAUGGAAAUAGCUAAAAGAAUGAAUGCAUAUGUAAAUCAAAGUAUCCUAACCCUGUCAUGUAUGCACCAGCUGUUUUUUCCAUGAUGAAGCAGUAAUCACUAUACAGUGGACGCUCAGGUUGUGAAUGUGAUCCGUGCAGGAGGCAUGUUUGCAACCUGCAGCGCCGCGUCUGCGCGGGUUGCGAUUCGGUGCUUCUGUGCAUGUGCAAAGUGCGAUUUAGUGCUUCUGCGCAUGCGCAAGCGCUGAAACCUGGAAGUAACCCUUUCCGGUACUUCCGGGUUUGGCGCGGUGCGCAGCCUGAAAAUGCACAACCUGAAGCAUCUGUAACCCGAGGUAUGACUGUAAUCUUUGCUAAAGUUACAUUGAUAAUAGCCUUAUUUUGAUUAAGUUGGCAAAACCUUUAUUUCAGUAUGAUUGUCCUGCAUUUCCUUUCAAAAAAAUGAAGACCCAGGGCAAUUAACAAUUCCAUAAAAUAUCUGUAGGGUUUGCUUCUAAAAGUGCUUACCUCUUCAAUGCAGAUUUAUCAAGUGGAAGACAUGUGUGAGGAGGAGAUGCCAGAAGAAUCGGACUGUGUGCGUAUGGUUAGGACCCCCACUCCACCCACCUUGUCACCUCCAGCUAUAACUUUAAGAAACAGAGACGAGCUUGGCUAUGAGGAACCUUUUUCAGGUAAGAAGGAAUAUGGAGGUGCGUAAUUAUUUAGGGCAGAUUCCGGUGUAGUGGCCUUUCUUUUUUCUUUGUGCAGUUUUGAUUGUGCUGCAAGAUAAAGGGAUAGAAUCUCACCCAGUAUACUUGAAUGUCUGAAUUGUGUCUUGGAGUCAGCAGAUUGCUGAAACCAAUUUAGAUUCAAGGUGGGGAGAGGACAGGGGGGAAACUGAUCACCCGCCAACUAGUUCACCUUAGCAGCAAGCAGCCUGCUGGUUUGUAGCUUAAGGCAGAAGGAAACGGCAAGAGCCUCUGCUUUUUUUGCACAUGUGCUUCUGCAGCUCAGAACCCUGAAGGAAAAAGAGAGAAUUCAAGGGCCUGUUAUAAUAGGCGGACAUGAGGAAGCCAGGCAGAUCCAACGUCAGUAGGAACAAAGGAGGAAGGAGCUAAACAGUUUCUAUUUGAGGGGACGCAUAAGUGAGCAGCCACAUAGCCACUGAGGUACAACCAAUGGCUGACAUGAUUGUGGAAUUGGGGAGGGGUGCAGGGGCAGCCUCUUAGGGUUUCACAGACCCCAAAACCAGGCAUUAUUGACUUGAGGUGGAUGUAGGAUUGAGUCUUUUGCCUAAUGUGUUUUUUUGCUGCUUGCUCAGAGGCCAUGACUAGCAAUGUUCAUCUGCCCUAAGAUCCCCAGAUCUCUAGUGCUACCAGUCUCUUAACAUCUGUAAGCCAGAUGUCUGCAGCCAGCUAUCUUAAAACAUGUCAUGGCAAUAGGUGUAACUCAAUAAUCAUUGCAUUUUAACCCCCCACACCUUACAUUGCAUUCCAGUCCCCAUCCCAGGCCACGGAUUCAUCAGAUUUGGUGAAAAGCACCAAUGCACUUUGCUUAACGGGGUAUAAUUUGGUUAGUUUCCAUUUUUAAAAAAAUGAAAUGUCACAAAGCCAGACUUCACAAUUGCUGGUCACUUCUGUUAACCUCUGUCAACACAAGAUAACAGUAGACGAGAAUGUCAGUAGCUAUUUAGCUAUAGGUAAACUCUCAUUGGUGUGCAUUUCCUCAAAAGUAUCCAGAAAUGGAAUAUCUCACAGGCAGAAUAUUGGGCAAGAUGGACCAUAGAAUUGAACAAGUAGCAGUGACAGUUAAGGAACAGAAACAUAGGAGGCAGGCUUGCUGGUUGUUUCUCAGUUUCUCAGCAGUACACAAAUUAGGGUAUACAAUUUAUCUUCUGCUUAUUAAAAAUAAAAAUAUGAGUGUGAUUCCUUUAAUGUUACAAUAAUGUUUAAUGGACUAGAAAAAUGCUUUAGGCAAGAAAGAAGGAUAAUUAUUAUGCACAACAGGCUGCUAGCAUAUUGUCCUCCUUGCACCAAUAAAUUUCAUGCCAGUGGAACUGGAUUUCUGUGCUAGUUAAACAAUAUUGUGAUAAAUCACAUUAUGCAAAUUGCUAUGUUGUGCAGUUCCCACUCCCAACAGUGCAUUUGUGAUACUGGUAGGCUCUUAUCUAAGAUAAGAGUGCACUGGACAAAAAGACUAAAUUACUUUGGCAAUUUGUCAGUUGAGGAAACAAGAAUUAGGAAUGAAUUCUGCAGUAGUGAAGCUGUGAAUGUAAAUAAUGCUUGAGUUGUUUUUUAAAAAUAAUACUUUUUUUCCAGAACAAGACGGACAUCCCUCAAUGGCCUCAUCAGUUAGCGCUUCUGUAAUUAAAUCACCAUCAGACCCUUCACAUGCCUCUGUUCCACAACCACCUCUUUUGCUUCCAGCAAUCCCAACAAGGAGUAACAGCGCAUCAGUCUCUCAUAAGAACCCUAGCAUAGAAAACAAACCUCCACAGGCUAUCGUUAAGCCACAGAUCCUGACCCAUGUUAUUGAGGGCUUUGUGAUCCAAGAAGGGUUAGAGCCAUUUCCUGUAAGUGUGCAAUGUUGAGCCAUAUUUGUAUCUUGUUGGUUGGUUGGUUGGUUGGUUGGUUGGUUGGUUUGAUUUAGGAGGCAAUGUGUUAUGGUUAUUUGGGGCUAUUGCUUCUCUAAAGCUUUUCGCUCCAAAUAACUUGAUUCUAGUAACUGCUGUCUGUCAAAUAGCUUUUUAGAAACUAUUUCACUGUGGUCACUGGGGUCUGUUUUUUCUUGGUUUAGAUGUGUUGCCUCCCUGCAAUUCUGAACAUAAAGUAGCAGAGCUAGGAAGGCCCUCUGCAUGAGUCCCAAAAGACUCCUGCCCUUCAGAUUAUGUAAUUCAGGGUUCAGUGGACCAAUGUGUUGACUCAGUAUAAAAAAGGGGGCAGGAAAUGGGAAGCCAUCCAAUGUCAGGAUGUAGAGAGGAGAGCUCAAAGGUAGAUAAGAUUAUGUAUUUGUCCCAAGACCUUCUGAGUCAAUUGACUCUUCCUUGGGGGCAACCAUUAAAGCAAAGAUUAUGAACCAGUACUGUAAUUGAUGCCAAAACAUGCAAAACGGUCAUGGACUAGAAAUAGACUGAUUUACCCAAUCCGAAUCCUGCCACAGUCUUCUAAGUGGAUUCACUUCUAGAUAGGCUGAGCCUGAACGGGCAGAUUUUUGCCUAUACCACACUGUUAUUGUUGUCAGCUGUUAAAUACAACUUAUGUUCAGUCCAUCUAUUGAACUUCAGAGAGGAAAGAAUAAGCAAAGAGGAUAGAAAGAUACUUGUAGAUAGAUUCCAAGCCAUUUUUUAUAUUAUUAUUAUUAUUAUUAUUAUUAUUAUUAUUAUUAUUAUAUACUGUGUCCCGUCCCCCCCGCCGCUUGAAAAGGCCAUAGGUUGAUUAACAGCUAGAGGCCUGGUUGAAGAGGAAUGCUUUUGCCUAAACUUAUGUUUUUGCCUAAACUUGGGGACAGCGUUCCACAAACGGGGAGCCACCGCAGAAAAGGCCCAUUCUCUGGGAAGGCCUCAUCACAGAUCCCAGGGUCUGUUCAUAUGAGCUAUUGGCAUCCUGAGCAGCAUAAGACAUCAUAGGUCGAAACCAUCACUUUGAAUUGGGCGCAGAAGCUAAAUAGCAGCCAGUGCAGCUGGGCCAGGAUUGGUGCUACAUCCUUUAGAGGCAGCUCCACGUAUAACAUCCAGCAGAAUUCUUCUACCUUCAUAACAGGCAGAUUAUCUUCCUGAGUCUCUUUUCUUUCCUUUCUACACAUUUAAAGACAGAAAAUAGAAAUGCAAGACAAUGGAAGGUAAUCUAUCAGAAAAGGAGUGGGAAGAUAUUUUCGAUAUAACAGGCAUUGGAUGAAUUGAAAAUAGCAUAUAUAUUUUCUGCGGUGUCUUCUUUUGAUACUUUCCCCUAUGUUUUGAGAUUUCCAAAGCCACAGAUAGAAGUCUAAAAUAAGCAACUAUUUAUUUCAAAUGAAAAAUAGAUUUAUUUGCUUCUCUUCUCAUUCUUCCAUUCUCAUUUCAUCUGUUUCGAUUGUUAUGUUGGUUCGGAGUUGGACCGUAGACAACAAAAGGCACACAUCUAUUCUUUGUCUCUCUGUGUAGCAAUAAGUCUAAUGAACGCAUGCCCUGACCUUGCAAGGUUAUGUGUACUAUUUUCUUGUAUCAUGAUUUUCUUCUUUUCUCUUGUAACAGGUAAGUUGUUCAUCUCUUCUAGUUGAGCAGCCUGCAAAAAAGAGGCUGCUGGUGGAGGGCCAGGCGAUGAACGUUAUGUGUGUGGAGCCAGAGCUGCAGAACAAUGCAAAGCACGUAGAUAACUCCUCAGACACGGAGUUGGAGGAUAUAAUUACGGAAGGUUUGUGCAUCUUAUUUAACAUAUGCUGAGCAGCUGUAUUUUCUGAAACCUGAGCCUAUUCUAUAUUUUUCCUGAGAUUUCUAAUGACCACAUUUUCCCGUGUAUAAGACGAGAUUUCCCCCCAAUUUUUUAAAGUUUAAAAUUGGGGGUUGUCUUAUACAACGGAAUGUUGCAAUUAAAUAUGUAAAUAAAUACAUGCCGCCAUCCAUAUUCUUACCUCACCCAGCCUUCCCUCACGACAAACCCUGGUCUGAUACUCUCCCCCCCCCAGCAGCCCCCACUCCAGACAUUGUCCCUUCCACCCAGUUCCCUCAGCCGUCCCCUGGCUACCCAGACCCCCCCAUUCCCCAAGCGCACUCACUCAGGCAGCUCUGGCAAUCGCAGUUCCUUGAUCAGCGUUCGCAUCUGCCAGCGCUCGUGGAGUAAAUACGGUACAUACCGUAAAUACUGAGACAAAAGUGCCACAUACAGGUGGGAGAGCUGUAGCUGUAGCUACGGUGGAGUUACACUGAGCUGACAGGAGCAGCCGCCAUUACACAGCUUGCCUCACUGUUUGAUGUUUAAAUAUAUGGUACUAAAUAUACCGGUGUUUUGAAAAUUUAAUAAAAUAUCAAAGUUCUGUUUGGUGUUUAAAAUAUUUAUUUCUUAAUUUUGGGCUCAAAAAAUAGGGGGCGUCUUAUACAUGGGGGCGUCUUAUACACAGAAUAAUACGGUACAGUGGUACCUCGGGUUAAGUACUUAAUUCGUUCCGGAGGUCCGUUCUUAACCUGAAACUGUUCUUAACCUGAAGCACCACUUUAGCUCAUGGGGCCUCCUGCUGCUGCCGUGCUGCUGGAGCACGAUUUCUGUUCUCAUCCUGAAGCAAAGUUCUUAAGCUGAAGCACUAUUUCUGGGUUAGCGGAAUCUGUAACCUGAAGCGUAUGCAACCUGAAGUGUAUGUAACCCAAGGUACCACUGUAUGUUAGGAAAGAGAGUUUCCCAGACGUUGUCACCCAAUGCCAUAUUUUGUGUGGAUGCCGAAGUUGUAAAUAAAUGUUUUAGCACCUGAUCCAGCUGUUGUCCUUUUUGUUGCAUGGAGGUCACAGCCCUGACUGCAGAUGUGUAUCCUUAUCCCCUUCAAAUGGUAACACAUACACAUCAGCAGCAUGUAUGGACUUCCCUUCCUUGCUUGAUCAGGCAACUGUGCAUUACAGUAGGCUCCAUUAUGUAAAAUAACUGCAAUUUUGGUGGUACACAGCCAGAUUCCAGUCAGCCUAGUACAGUGGUGCCCCGCAAGACGAAUGCCUCGCAAGACGAAAAACUCGCUGGACGAAAGAGUUUUCCGUUUUUUGAGUCGUUCCGCAAGACGAAUUUCCCUAUGGGAUUGCUUCGCAAGAUGAAACGUCUUGCGAGUUCUUGCGAGUUUGUUUCCUUUUUCUUAAAGCCUCUAAGCCGUUAAUAGCCGCUAAGCCGCUAAUAGCCGCUAAGCCGCUAAUAGCCGUGCUUCGCAAGACGAAAAAACCGGAAGACGAAGAGACUCGUGGAACGGAUUAAUUUCGUCUUGCGAGGCACCACUGUACAGCGUAAUAAGAACUACAUUGAUUUAUAGACAAGCCCUUCCCCUUUUCAUCAAGCUGACAGUAGGGAAUUUUCAUGGGUAGAAUCCCAGGUGAAAUAACAAGCAUAGACAAGAGAGAGUCCAAAUUUAUAUACUGAGCCAAGGUGAAUCUCUUUGGUGCAGAAAUAGGGUUGGAGAUCACUACAACAAAAGGGCAAGCAUGGGCCAAAAAUAUGACAUAACCUGAUUUAUGCUGAAAUAUCUUCAUAGAGACACUCCUGUCUGUACAGGGAACUGAAUUUUCAGGUGUUCGGCUUUCAUACCAUUGAAAAGCAGCAUUUUGUGUCGUCGUUAAAUUCCUCCGUAUUUUGUAAACACCAUCAGAUAAGCCAUUGAGCAGUUCCUUUUGUUCAGCUAUUGGAUAUUUCAAAGAGUUAACAGCUUUUAUACUACAGAAGCUGUUCUGCAGGUAGUGUUUAGCAAAAGUAAAAUAAGAUGCAAUAAUCUCUUAUAUUUCCAAGAUAAGCUGUUGGUCACCUGUUGUACUUUAUUUGACUAAAAUUCCAUGUGGCCUUUUUCAUAAAGGACAAGUAGUUCUCAAAUUAUGUUUUUUUAAAUAAAAAAGUAGCAUUGUGUUAAGCAUUUCAUGUUUUGUGCCAAAAUUUAUACGUAUGCUGUUACGCACCCCACUCUUACAGUUAUUUCUCAGUCUUAUGUUUCAGUCUUAACUAAGACAUUGGAGGAACUGCAAACAAUGAGCCUUCCUGUGCUUGUUGUAAUCCACACGAAUGUAUUAUAUUUUCCGAUAGGAAGGAUGGAUUUAUUUAUUUAUUUAUUUAUUUAUUUGGUUGGUUGCUUCUGUUUUAAUAGUCGCUUUUCUUCAACGAACCUCCAAGAAAUAGUGUUUCUGUUCUUUUGUGGUGUCUCAAGUAUUUGCAUCCUUGUUUUCUCUUUGGUUUGGACUUUACUCACAAGUGGUGCUAGCCUGGUGAACGAAUGCUACAGUUAACCGGUUCAGCCAACAUUUACUCAAACAAUGAAUUUGCUUAAAGGCAGCAGUUGGCAACUUGUUCUGCGCCAGGAGUGAGGAAAACGUUUUCAUCCCAAGGACUAGAUAAAGAACUGGCUCAUCCAGUUCUGGGGAGUUUUUGACAGGAGGGUGGCCUCAUGCGCCGACACGGUGGGUCAGGAUUGGCUCAUGGGCCAGUGGUUCCCCAUCCCUGAUCUAGCAAGACAAAUUUUGUGUUCUUAGCUUUCGAUUUCCCAUUGCCUGCAUAGGGUCAUUGUGCUGCAUUGGAGCUCUGGGUGGUAAUACACUGGUAGAAUGCAUGUUUUGCAUGAAGAUCCUAGGUUCAGGCUGCAGCCUAUCCAAUCCUUUGCUAGUCAAAGCAGUUGGGCUGAAUGGACCUGACUCAGCUUCAGGCACUUUUAAAUGUUCGUUAAAUUAUGCAAAAUAAGUAUGUUUACAGACAAACUCACUUGAUCUAAAUUAAUUUAUAAGGUAAAGAUAAAAGGACCCCUGACCAUUAGGUCCAGUCGUGACUGACUGUGAGGUUGCGGCGCUCAUCUCGCUUUACUGGCCAAGGGAGCCGGCGUACAGCUUCCGGGUCAUGUGGCCAGCAUGACUAAGCCGCUUCUGGCGAACCAGAGCAGCGCACGGAAACGCCGUUUACCUUCCCGCCGGAACGAUACCUAGUUAUCUACUUGCACUUUGACGUGCUUUCAAACUGCUAGGUUGGCAGGAGCUGGGACCAAGCAACAGGAGCUCACCCCAUUGCGGGGAUUCAAACCGCUGAUCUUCUGAUCGGCAAGCCCUAGGCUCUGUGGUUUAACCCACAGCACCACCCGUGUCCCUACAUAAUUUAUACAAGCCAUCAAAUACCGUUUCUCUUGGCAAUACGGUUUGGAGUAUCUUUUCUUUGACAGCUCAUCACAGCUUCUGUCGGACUUUUGAAAAUGUUUUUAUAAUUGAGUGGCUCAGACUGACUGAAUUUAUGUUGCUGUUUCCCUUUAGAGGGGCUGGAUGAGAUGGAAACGGAUCUCCUCAAGUGCGAGUUUUGUGGGAAAAUGGGAUAUGCAAAUAAGUUUCUGCGAUCAAAGCGAUUCUGCACCAUGUCCUGUGCCAAGAGGUAUUCUUCAUUAGUUAUAAUUUCAAAUAUUCCAAAAAUUGUGUAUAGGCCCGCUUUUUAAACAUAGCGCUGGAUUUGGGAUCAAAAUCUUAUGAACCAAAUAGUUCAGUGGUUAAGAGCAGUGGACUCGUAAUCUGGGGAACCGGGUUCACGUCUCCGCUCCUCCACAUGCAGCUGCUGGGUGACCGUGGGCCAGUCACACUUCUCUGAAGUCUCUCAGCCUCACUCACCUCCCAGAGUGUUUGUUGUGGGGGAGGAAGGGAAAGGAGAUUGUGAGCCGCUUUGAGACUCCUUAGGGUAGUGAUAAAGCGGGAUAUCAAAUCCAAACUCUUCUUCAGUGAGACCCCAGCAUAGGAUUUACCCAGCCUAGUGACUCUUUGUUCCAGUUUUGCUAGUGGUGUUUAUCAGUUUGUUUUUUAAAUAAGCUUUCUUUUUACAUUUUCAAAAAUAUAGUCAACUUGCAAUUUACACAUAUUUAACUGGCACAAUCACAGUUUUGCAUUCUUGGCUGGGAAAAGGGGGUGGAGUCAGGAGAGAGCGGAUAAACAUUGGAAGGGGACAGGAUAAUGGGCUGGGGAACGUUGGCAAUCCCACCUGCCACUGCACUCACCCUGGCAGAGCAUCCAGAGGUGCAGGGAAAGUCUACAGCAGCCUUGGGAAGAGUGCAUACCACCUUCAAAGGGAGCGUGGAGGUGGUUGGAGAGUGCUGCACUGUGCUUUUUACAGUUUUUAAAGUGUUGUUUUUGCUAUGUGCAAUUUUGGCUUUAUGCUCUAUCCCUGGAACUUAAGCCCCAUGUAAGUUGAGAGUCUACUGCAUGGGUAGGCAAACUAAGGCCUGACGGCCAGAUCCAGCCCAAUUGCCUUCUAAAUCCGGCCCAUGGAUGGUCUGGGAAUCAGCAUGUUUUUACAUGAGUAGAAUGUGUUUCUUUAUUUAAAAUGCAUCUCUGUGUUAUUUGUGGGGCAUAGGAAUUUGUUCUCCCCCCCCCCUUCAAAAUAUAGUCCGGCCUCCCACAAGGUCUGAGGAACAGUGGACCAGCCCCUUGCUGAAAAAGUUUGCAGACCCCUGGUGUACUGUAUUAAAAAACUACAAGUUUAUGAAGCAUGUAACACAAAUUUCCAUUUCCCUUCUCUCCCAAAAUACGUUACAGUGAAUUUCACGUGUUGGAUUUUGGACAGUUGUGAUUGUUGGGCAUUGUUUUCUAUUCUUACCUUAACAGGUUGUUCCAGAGAGAGCUAUGCACUGCUGGUGGUUUUGUUAUUGUACUGUCUCUUCUGACGUGCUGAAUAAACAUGUACCAUGUUUCUCCAAAACCAUCAUUAGCUCUCGUGUUUUUUAGAGGUGUAAGUUGUUCUGAUAACUUUUCCAUAAGAGCAGCGUUCCAUGCCCUUUCCAACCAAGUCUCCAGGGUCAAAUUAGCAGAUGUUUUCCAGUGCCCUGCUAUAACUUGUCUGGCUUCAGUCAUAAAAAGGAUUAACACUUCUUUAAACAUCAAGUCUUUCAAAUAAUCGAUAAACAAGCUUACGUUUGGGGUCACAGGGUACCGCUUGACCUGUAAUUACAGAUACUUUAAUCAUAAUUAAUUACCAAAGGAAUUCAUUCUUGCUCCAGUUUCACGACUUAUGGAAAUAAGGCCCCAAUUUAUCAGUAUGAUUGAUUAAAACAUUUAUCAUAGUAGUUGUUGCUGUUGUUGUUGUUGUUUUAAAAAAACCAAUUAACCCAAACAUGCUACUUAUUGUGCUCUAAAAGCAGUGUAAAGAAAUUAACAACACAACCACCAGCGACUCAUGGAAAAAGUGGAUAGAGAAAAGUUUUUCCCCAUCUCAUAAUAGCAGAGCUCAUGAGCCUCCAGUGAAGCUGAAUGUUGAAAUAAAUAAAAGUAUUUCUUCAUGUAGCACAUAGUUGGAACUUUGGAAUGGAGGGAAAGAAACAAUACUGAACUAUACUAGCCCCUGGGCAGAAAUUAUUUUUGGUGUGGGUCAUGGAUAUGUGGAAUGACGGGGGUAGUUUGGGGCACUUGAUCCAAGCCAUAGCCUGGAUUUGCCCUUGUCAUGCUUCAGUCCUCCUCUGGUUUGUCCCCUUUUCAGCUGCACCUAUAUUAGAGCUCCAACACUGGUAGGGUGUGGACUGUAGAGGUAAUGACAGGAGGAGGAGGGGAAUCUGACGGGGGGGGGGGGAAUCUGAAUCUGAAGUCAGAACUCUCCCCACCCUCAGAGAAGAUCUGAUACUUCCUAUUACCCUUGGCUCACCCUCCUAGGAGCCAAAGAAUUGCAGGUGAAAUCAUAUAAAACCACAAGAGAUAGUAAACUAAAAUAUCUUGAACUCAUUGGCAUCCCUUCAAAUUAUGUAUAGAUACAGUUAACUCAGAACAUUUAGGGAAGUAACAUUUAUUUUAAACUAUGAAUUGAUGGACUUUGACCAGUAAUAAUAAUAAUAAUAAUAAUAAUAAUAAAUACCCCGCCCAUCUGGCUGGGCUUCCCCAGCCACUCUGGACUUCCAACAAAAUAUUAAAAUACUGUAAUACAUCAAACGUUAAAAGCUUCCCUAAACAGGGCUGCCUUCAGAUGUCUUCUGAUAAGAAAAAAAUUAUUUGUUUAUGAUAUUUAUUUCCUUCUUGCAUUAUGGAACCAAAGGCUCUAUUGCUUUUUUAAAAAAGUUAGUUCUCACUGAGCAUUGACAUUCUACUCCCAGAAGCAAUUUUUCAGUGUUUAAUUUUUUUUAAAAUUCUUAGGUACAACGUCAGCUGCAGUAAGAAAUUUGGAUUAUAUGGCUCAGACAAAAGCAGUCGUUGGAGCCGGAGCCUUGGGCGACGCGGGCGACGGCCAAGCAGCUCUGAUGGAGCUCCCAGGGAACACUUCCUUAGACAGGUCUGUGGAAUGCUAACUAAACUCCACGGUGUCCUUUUGUAAGAGUUAAUCAAGGAAAAUGGUUAUACUGUGGUUUAUCUGUACUGCAUUUUCCAGCUUCCAAUUACUUAUCCAUCUGCAGAAGAAGACUUGGCUUCUCAGGAAGACAAUGUACCGGUUGCCAUGACCACUCGCUUGCGAAGGCAAAGUGAAAGGGAAAGAGAGCGUGAACUUAGGGAACUGAGAAUUAGGAAAACAACAGACAACAUGGAUUUGUUACCAGCGAUACAAUCUGAUCCCUCCGGAUGGACUGUGGAAGAUGUUUGGGCCUUCAUACAUUCUUUGCCUGGUAUGGAGAUGGAGCACAUUUGUUUGUUAAGAAUGUCCGAUGGCAAUAUUACUACUUUGAGGGGAGAGGCAGAGGAGGCGUAGGAGGGCUGGUUUGGGUUGCAAAGAAACAGGGUUAAUAUCACACCUAUUUCCUCUUGUGCUUCUAGAGUUUACUUUCAGAAUCCUUGGCAGCAGAGGGGGGGUUUCGGUAUUCAUAAGGUGACUUCCAGCAAGUUCUCAGGCUUACCAAAAAUAAAAUAAAAUCUCGGUCCAAACAAAUUAAAUGCAAACAUUAAAGUGAUUUGUAGGGGGGAAAGUUAAGUUUUUAAAAACUGGAACAAUAAAAAAGACAUUUGCCUAGUUCCAAAAUGAUAUCAGGGUAGGUCCCAGGUGAGCCCGCUACAGUCAGGGUGCCACCACUAAGUAGGCCUUUUCUCUCGCAGCCACUUCAAACCACUCAGAUGGAAACUGUUGUGACAGUUUUCAAAAAUAGCUGGUUUAUUUUCAGUUCUUAAAUCUUUUUCUUUUGCUUCCACACACCUUAGUAUGUCCACCAGUACUGUUUCAUAAUCACUAUGGCAUUGUUCAGUAUCCCUUGGUACAUCAUUGAGGCUGUUGUGUAGUGAGAGGUUUGUGCUACAACCUCCCUAUUCAACUGAACCCUGUUUUCCUUUUAAACAUCCCAAAUAUCUCUUGUUGAGAUAACACUGCAUUGGCUGAAUGUGUUUGCUUAGGUAGCAGCUAGGAUCCUGAGAGAGACCCAGUUUCACCCACGCUCCACUGCCAAGAAGUCUCCAGUCAACAGGGCUAAUUCACACCACCAAGCAGGAGGAAGAGGGGGUCCCCCCCCAAUCCUUGUGUUGUGGUCGGUGCUUUGGUUCCUAUUCUCAAAGAUCAAGCUGUAAUCUGUGAACACUUCAGACACUACAGUGUUACGCGAUUCCCGUCCUGUUGCAUCUGUGUCUCAUCUGAAGUAGAAUAUUAGUGUUUCACACCCCAGAAGACAUAAAUGGUCUAUUUCAGAGCAUUUCAGGUCUAUUUCUUAUCUCAUUACACAUGAUAAAGUUAUUUUUAGCCAUCUCACCCCUUGCUUUUUCCUGUAAGACCAAUAGCAGUUGUUAACAGGUCUACCACACCUAUCAGCCAAUCACCCAUUCCCACCACCCUUCUGAGUAAUACCGCUCCCCACCCUCUCACUAUGUAUAAGGGUCUGGUGACUUCUGUUUCAGUGUAUCUGAAGAAGUGUGCAUGCACACGAAAGCUCAUACCAAUAACUAACUUAGUUGGUCUAUGGAAGGAAUUUUUUUAUUUUAUUUCAGAGCUGGCAGAGAUGUGAAGGAACAGGAAGUGUCUGCUGCAAUAUUUCAGUGGUUUUACAACAGUAGAAAGAGAAGGCCCAGAUUGAUGAAGGGCUGGAACCCUUGAGAAUGUGCGCUCUUUUCUACCAACAAUAAUGCAAACAAGGAUGGAAUUAUAGACAAUAUUUAGAUAAAAGUGGAAGUCAUUAAGCCAAGCUUUGGGGGAGGAAAUCUUAUUUCAAGAUCACGCUGCCUAUUUUUAAAUUAAUAUAUGUCAUUUCCUUGCAGGUUGCCAAGAUAUUGCCGAUGAAUUUCGAGCCCAGGAGAUUGAUGGGCAGGCUCUCCUCUUAUUAAAAGAGGACCAUCUCAUGAGUGCAAUGAAUAUUAAGCUAGGACCUGCACUGAAAAUCUGUGCACGAAUCAACUCCUUGAAGGAAUCCUAGUGGAAAAUAAGGCUUUAAAUCACAGCUUCCACCAUAUGACAGACUUGUAAUAAAACAGCAUCUUAAUGUUUGAUAUGGUUAUUACUGCUGUGUUUUGCUAAGCAUCCUUUUCCACAUAAAGACUGUUGGAGGAGCAUAUCUAAUGUAAUCUUCCAAACCUUCCAGUAGUUAUCCAGCUUAUCAGGAAGCAUAAGCUGUGUUGGCAAGUUGUUGUAGUAGUCAAAUGCAGGGCAAGGAGAGUCAGUGGAAAGCUCUAUGAGGCUUCUGUAAUAUGUUGCGAGUGAUGCUUAUUCCAAAAAGGUGAUUAUUUAACAUUCAAGAUUUAAGCUUUUUUUAGAAAAUGUAACCUUGAUAUAACCUUGAUUACAGUUUCAAAUUGUGUUUCUAUACACUUUUUCCUUUGUAGAAAGCUUUUUAAGAAUAUGGAUUAACAGAAGAGUCCACAGAGUCUGUGGAAGCACUGAUUAUGGUAAAAUGCUAUGCAUUUAAUUGUGCUCUUUUGAGUUUCAAUUAAUCCUGAGCGUAUAGUUUGAAGGGAACUUGCAACUGACUUCCUCUUCUCUCAUAACCCUACAGCUGCCCCACCACUGUAGCAUUCUCUUUUAAGUGCUGAAGCUUUUCUGUGAACAUGCAAGAUAUUUUGUAAAUGCAGUAUACCUUCCACUGUCAGAACCUUGGUCACUUGAAUUCCAUGUCAGCAUAAGCAUCCCUCUCAUGUGUACAAACCUAUGAAUGUUUUUUUUUGGGGGGGGAAGGGGGGUAUUCUUGAUAAAUGAAGUUGUACAGUUAGGUGUGAUGCACAUAAUGGCAAAACUGCUGAGAGCUGGAACGGCAGUGUGGCACACUUCCCAGACGAUAGUAAAAAGCACAUACAUGAUGACGAUAAUUCUUUGUAUGCUGCUAUGCACUGAAGAGGGCAUUAUGUUGUUAUUGUUCUGGUUUUUUUCCUUCUUUUUGCUGGUUUAGACCAAAGGAGUUAAUGUACACCUGUUCAAUGGAAAUGUGUCGCCCAUACGCUGGUGUGCAACUCCGAAUGAUUGAAUAAUUCUCAAGGGCAAAUUGGAUCAGCAGACGUUUCUAGACUUCACUUUCUUUCUGUAGUUCUCUCGCCUCUCCAUUUGCAGGUGUUCUGGUGGACGCUGCUGGGGACGUUGUUCUUCCCUCUCCAUAGGGAAUAAGCACUUUUUGAAAUCGCAAUGGUUUUUCUUUGUAACAUUUCCUCGCAGCCCAGUGUUAUCUGCAGCAGUUAUUCAUGUUACAGCAAGGACCCUAAACCAAUGGCACCAAAGUAUUAAGAGUAAGUGUUCAGAAGUUUGUCCUCUAUAUCUGAGUAGGAGUUUGAAUCAUUCUUUGGAAGAUCUUCUACCCCACCGUUAAGUUAGCAUGAUGCUUCAGUGAAAUGGGGCCCAGUUCACUGAGUACUUCUCCUAAGCCAGACCCAUUAACAUGAAUGAGUGUGUCAUAAGACUAAGGGAUCUCUGUUCAUUUUAAUAGAGCUUGUUCAAAAGAAAUGUCUUAUAGAUUGUGAUCAUCAUUUAACUGAAUGUGAAUCUUCCACAAGGGCUUAUGGCUCAGUAAAAUGUUGUUUGUUUUAUUGGGCAUUAACAUUGUAUCUGUUGAUUUAAGGGUGGUUUAAUUAGCAAAAAUACUUAAGACUACUGGUUUUAGCCCUAUUGGUUUUUUUAAUCUCAAAUUUAGGAAUGCGUUCAGAAAGGUAUUGUAGUUAACCUUCAGCAAUUACCGGUAAUCCGCUAAUUAUUAUCAGAAGCUCAAAGUAAGUAAAUUCUUUACAGUGUUAAGGAGAGCUACCAAACAUUUACAGGUGUGUAUGGUAAAGGUUCGAGAAUUACAAAGUAUUAAUCAUUCUCCAACUCCUCGUAUUUACUGCGCAUAGAUUCUUUUGCAUAUGAAACAUGCAAACAUGUUAUAGGAUGCAAAGUAGUUAAAGCUGCCUCCAAAUCGUAUGGUCUGGUUUUUUACGGAAAUAGUAGUUGUGAACAGCUAACUGAACUGGUUCUUUGCCUAAACAGUAUUGGUAACUGUAAGUUCAGAAAACUGGUAAAGGUGUUUUUUUGAGAAAGCACAACAGGAGGAUUUCAGAAUUAAGAGCUUUCUUCCACAUUCUGGAGGAUGGACAGACAUUAGUUGUUCAGUCCUACUCACAUGGGAUUUAGCUGGGGAACAUUUGAGCCAUUUUAGUCUCAUUUACUUCACAGAGAUUAAGGCUGAAGUAUGAUGCGUAUUUAUGUGGGAGUAAGUCCCGUUUUAAUUCUGUGUGACAGUUCUCAGUAAAUGUGUACUGGGCUGUAAAUCAUACGAAUCAAAAUAUUUCAAUUUAACUGAGUGCUACACAAAGCUUACUUUGUUUUGUAAAUUGCUAUUAUUAUUAUUUUUUAUUUUAAGUCUCUUAUUUUAAGCAUCUGGGAACUGGAACAAUGUUACAUCUCCUGUAAUUAUAAAUAGAGCACAAAUUCAUAUCCAUGGCCAAGUGAUUAUUACAUAAACAUUAUAUAAAUUAUACCAAAUGCUCAGUUACUUUCAUUAGCUGCACUAUGUAUAGGUUCACAGAAAAUCCUGACAAUAAUUAUAGAAUAAUAUAGUAUAUUAAAGUACUGUGGGCCUGAGGAUAAAAAGUAAGAACAGAAGCACAGAUAAUUCUGCCCUGAAUUGAAACAUUUGUUUGAGCUGUCUCCAACAAACCAGUUUGUCCUGCAAGAUGUAUUGCUCAAAGAACCAGGCGCUUACCUUAUCCUAAUAGAUCAGUUUGAUCGGGUCCUUUCUCUCCCCUCCCACUCAGACUGUGGCAAUGGUGGCAGACCAAACAGAGCGGCAAAGAAGACUGGUGCUGUGGCAAGCUGCUGUCAUAGCACCACCACGCCUGGCAGAAACAGUCUGAUACAAUUGCCAAGCCACCGCCACACAGAACUAAUUGCAAAAGCUGUACAGAGAAGUUUCUGUAUUAUGCAAAAGCGGACUGGUUAUUGCCAAAAGGCAGUGCCUGUUGCUCUCAGCAUUGACCUCGGGACAGUAAACUUAGACUUUGGGACAGAUAAAGAAAGCACAUCAUCUCCUCCUUGUUCAUCCCCUACAACUCAGCUUGUCUCUUUAUGGCAAUAGCAUUCCUGCCCUUCCCCCACCCACCAUAGAAGGCAAUGUUUCACAAGCCAUUCCAGUGUAUCCACUGGAGUUCCCCCCUUAAUUUAACCAAGUUUGAAUGCCACUUAAUUAUAAAUGAAACCCCCAAGCAGGUUACAAAAUUGUACACUAAUUAGUUAAUAAAGGUAAGGCUUAAACUAAUUCUUUUUUUAAAAAAAAUCAAAUUAUAAUUAAGGAGUUAAAAAUAUACAUUAUGAGCUAGAAUUACUGAUUAAAAUACACAUCAGCUUUGCAUGUCUAGGUAGGCUUGCUUAAACAGAAAAGUUUUUAGGAAGUUCCAGAGUGUAGGAAUUGCCACUCUAAAACACUGAUUCCUAACAGCAUGAAAAGGAGCACGAUCAAGUGAGAAACUAAAGUGGUUUUCAUAGCUUGAUAUAAUAGACAGGCUGAGUGAAUGAAUUCGUUUCAGUUUGCCUUUAAGUGUUACUUAGCAUGAUGUGGCUAUAAUUAGUAUUUAUUCUUUAAGAUGGCUAAUUUGUAAGGGGGCAGGUAUGUGUUCUUGAAGACAUUUUAACACUGUAUGGAGCAACAUGGACAUGUAUGGACUACAUGGUAUUGAGCUUCAAUCCUGCCCUACAGUUAGGAAUAGCACUUGGAUUUCAGAUUCCUUUAGUAGUGCUUGUAGCAUUUAGGGGAUGCCCAGAAAUAAUUGCACAAGGCUUGUUAAAAGUGAUCUUCAGUGCUUGUGUGAAUACAGCAACAAGUGGAAGCACAUUGUUUGCAUGCAAUUAUCAGCACCAUUAACAGCGUCAGCAUUUCAGGGCUAAUUCUCACUUUACAUUUUGUACAGCUUCUAAAAGAACAGGAUGUGAAAUGGGAAGUGGUAAUUUGCAUUGGUUGAUAGUUUGGGGACUAUUUACUGAAGCUACAGGCUUAGUAUGGAGUAUUUUAAAUUUUAGUCCUAAGGUAAAUACAAUGUUUUCUUCUCCUUUUAAUAAAAUUCCCUGCCUCUUUGGAUCACAUCCUUGAUUCUAGACAAGUGAUGGCGUUUAUGGAAGUUAGAAAUCUGAGUCGUACUUGGGCUGUGUCCAGUCACUGUUAGUUGCGAGGUUUAGAAUCUAAUGGGAACUACAAGAAACAGUAUGCUUGAGGGUGUUUGGGGGCAGCAUGUACCAGUCACACAGAAACUUGCACUACUAUUCUGGGCAAUCUUAUCAUUUAUAGACUGUGCCACCUGAUUUGGCCACACCUCAGGUCUUCCUCAUAGAUUAGCAAGCAUCUGCACAAGGACAAAGCAUAUUUCUCAUGUGGUUUUCAGGCACAGACUGCACAAAAUUAUACUCCUGAUGCUCCAGAACACUUUUACAUUAGAUGGCUAUUUUCCAUAUACCAAGCUGUAAUAGGAUUAGAAACGUCAAAUGGCACCAGAUGUAGUAGUAGCAGCCACCUCUCAUCGCUGUCAGUUUAAUGACGUGUCACAGUGUUCAACCUUUUUGUAUUGACGCGGGCCAAAAUCCCAUGAUUGUAAACAGCCAUGGAGACUUGACAGUAGACUCCACAAAUGUGCAAUGUAAAUAUGCAUCAGGUAUAUGUGAUGGAGUCAUUUGCAGGAAAAGGGCAUAGAAAACUGCCUUUUUAUAUAUUUAAAACAAAAUUAAGGUCAUGAGCCAGAGUGAGGGCUCAAGUGCCUUUCAGUGUUUGAGAAUCAUUUGAUGAUUCACCUGCUUAAUCUCCCCAUCAGUGAUGCACCAAGUGGUGCUUGUUACGUUUGAGUAACUCCAUGGGAUCACCUUCUUGUUGGGCAGUUAAGAUAGCCAAGGAUCAAUGCCUGCUGACAUUAUCCUGGGAGUAAGGACAUGUGAGGGAUUUAAACACAGACUAACAAAGCUUGGCUAAAGCUAUUUUAUGUGGAGAAGAGAAGUGUCAUACUUGACUCAGGCAGUAUUUUAUGAGAAUGGGGAAAGGACAUUAGCAAUGGAGUGAUGGCAAAGCAAGUCCUGGGUGCAGUUUUGAUGGAAGUUACUUCACAUCCUUUAUUUUCUCUAACAGGAUGGAGCAGUCAUUUAAACUGCAGCUCCCUUGCAGCACUAAGUUAGGUAUAAACAAGCAGCUUACAUCAUAUUUCAUCACCAGUGUUAUUAUCUCUUCACACAAAUCUGUUAAGUAAAUAUUCACUCCUGAAAUGCAAACUUGACAUAUUCUUCCCAUAACAUUUGCAUGUAAUUUUUUAAAUAAAAAAUGCUUACUCUAAAAUAUGUUCUUUCUGAUGUUAUCAGUGAAAUCUAAGUAAACAUAAACAGUUUACAUUUCAGUAAAUAUGAUUCUAAUGAAAGCAUAAAAAACAGAUUUGUUUGCAAUAGUAGGAGAAAGUUCCCUGCGUAUGUCUGAAGCUAGUCAGUUACAGUAAAUGAAAGCCUCAUAAAGCACAAGAUUUCAACCUUUGUUGUGUCCUAACAACUAAAAAAUAAAAGUACCCCAUAUAAGUGGUCUAUAAGUUAGGAAGAACUUCCUGACAGUAAGAGCUGUUUGACAGUGGAAUUUGCUGCCAAGGAGUGUGGUGGAGACUCCUUCUUUGGAGGUCUUUAAGCAGAGGCUUGACAACCAUAUGUCAGGAGUGCUCUGAUGGUGUUUCCUGCUUGGCAGGGGGUUGGACUCAAUGGCCCUUGUGGUCUCUUCCAACUCUAUGAUUCUAUUCUAUGAUUCUACGAGCUGUUCCCUAAGUAGCCGUAGCCUUUCUUGACUUCUUCCUGUUGUUUUAGAUCUUGGUUAGCAAACUGACAUUACAAUAAUCCUUCCCCAUUUCAGACCUUAUGGGAAUUUCUGAUUAAAGAUCCUAUGAUCAAAGUAUUAAAGUUGGCAUGCAGUUUGAGGAAGGGGGAGAAUGUUGGCCCAAUGUUUGUUCCAGCUAAAUAUGGUUUUCUGAUGCCAGGAUCAUUAUGUUCAAACUGGCACCUUAUUUAAGCAAGAUCAUCUGGAAUCAGUGCCAUUGGGGAAAACCUGAAUACAUAUAUUAACUCUUUAUUAUUAUAUAUAUAAUCUCAUUUGUAUUAGGAAAUAUUUCUUCCACAUACUUCUGGAUUUUUCUUUUCUGGAUUUUUUGUUCAUAUCCAUGGUCUUUUAAAACAUCUGAUGCUAGAGUACCUCUGUUACACUGCCUUUCAUAAAUCUGUUGGGUUUAUAAAUAUGUUAAUAAUUCCUCUCUAUGGGUGUCUAGUUAUACAGAUUGACAAAAGUACGGUGCCCUCCGAAAAAACCUAUAGGAUAAAAUUGGCCCUAUGGCCUUAAACAUUUCUGACUCUGAAAAAUAACCAUUUUGUGUUCUUUACCCUUUUCAUAAUGGAUGAAAUAAUAUUUCUGUUACGUGAACCAGUAAAUGGAUGAAACAUAAUCUUAACUUGGCUGCCUCUUCUAUUGCACUAAUAUCUGAAAAUGCUGUUUAAGCAGAUAAAGUACUUAACUACAAUUUAUAAGCUUGUAAACUAAAUUCUUUAUAUUCUGAACCCCGUUUUUGUAUUUAUCCAGGGUAAUUUCUCCCUCUCUUCUCUUUUGUUACAUCUAUGAAAGCCAACACAGAGACAAGGGUUAUGUGAGGAAUUAGCAAAUUUGUGUGAGGCUGAGAGACAAUGGGACUUUGAGUAUAUUUGCAUAUAAAUUUGUGUAAAAUUAAUCACACUUCCUUGUGUGCCUCCUCGAGGGGCCCAGAGGGUGGCAACACAAGAACGGGCCUUCUCUGCAGUGGCUCCCCAUCUGUGGAAUGUUCUCUCCAGGGAAGUUUGCCUGGCACUUUCAUUAUACAUCUUUAGGUGCAAGGUAAAAAUGUUCCUUUUUAACCAGGCCUUUGGUUGAUUUGAUUGACAUCCUAUGCCCUUUUAAAAUGUGGGGUUUUGGGGGGGGGGUUAUUGGGUUGUUGCUUUUAUUUUGAUUAUGUAUUUUGUGGUUUUAUAUUUUGAUUUUAUUCUGUGAACCAACCUGAGACCUCAGGGUACAGGGCGGUAUAUAAAUUCAAUAAAUAAUAAUAAUAUAUGUACGUCUGUGUUUGUAUCAUGGAAUGGUACUUCGAUUUUCCUAAACAAGUGGUUUAAGCAUAUGUAGCAACAAUUUGGCACUUUCAUUGUUUCCAGUGAAAGUUUUGAAAAAAUUAUCCCUCCCCUAAUUAAUCUGUAUCAUUUUUACAUUUAAAGAAUAAGCCACACAGUGAUUUCGGUAAAAAUUGAUCUAUAUGUAUCCUUUUUAUAUAAAAAGCACUUUCAUAUUUACAUAGCAUGUGGAUGAAUUUUAGAUUCUCAUAUUUGUUAUGGUCUGUAGGAGUGAUGUAAAAUUUACUUGUUAUUAAAUCUGUCCAUGAAUAAUCAGAUUAUACAAAGGAUGAAUCAAAGCACCUUAUACUAUUGCUGCUUCAAUUUGCUUGUAAUUGCACCUUUUGUUAUUGGCACACACUUUUUUUUAAAUUGAGCAUUCUUAUGUGGUAAUAUUUGCUUCCUGUGGGGUUAAAUAUUUGACCUACAGCAUCACCAACUUGGUUUAUAGUUGAACUUUACAUUGAAAGUGUGAAUACAGUGCUGCAGAAAUAAAAGCUACUUCCAUUUGUCUAGUUUGAUGUCUUUUUUCACGUUGAGGAAAGAG